GCGGAGUUUGACUCGGGCAGAGGGUGGGAGAGCGAGCGAGAGAGCGGCCGCCGGAGGUGAAGCGCGCACCACGUGGGGCUGCGAGUGGUUCUCUCCGUCCUUCGCAGCAGCAGCAGCAGCGCCAGGAGCAGCGGCGGCGCCUUCGCCAGAGGCAGCGAGGAAAGGGAGGCGGCGGAGAGACCGGCCAUGGUCAUCAAGGCGGACGAGGUGGCUCCUGCAGGGGCAGCGGCGGCGGCGGACGAGGACCAGCAGCAGAAGGGGAGCCCGGGCCCGGCCGGCAAGGAGCCGGAGCUCAGCGCAGGUGAGCCGUCUUGCGCGGUCGGAUCCCGGGUGGAUCCCUCCUCCGGGUUCCCUGCAGCGUUUCACCUUCCCAAGGAAUGACAGCCCUGCCCAUGGGCAAAGUGUUUCAAACACUGCUCGCUCCGGCUUGUUGCCUACUCGCGAGUAAGACCCCAGCCGGAGCGGGUGGGUCUGACUCCCUUUCGUUACUCUCGAGCAGACCUAACGCUGGGUGCAGCUUUUUCGCUUUGGGGACGGGAGUUCUGCUGAAACAACUCGCCACCCUCUUAUUUUUUUAUGGGUGCAAUGUGCAUAUAGGUGCGCGUGGUUAGUUUUCUUUGCUUUUCCGACAAGUGUGCUCAAACCUGUUCUCCUCCCCCCCUAAAAAAAAAUAGAGAAAGCUGCAAUCCUUUUAAGCAUGUUCUACUAUUUGGGGGUUGUGGGGGGUUAGGGUAGGGAGAAAGCGCCGGCCCCAGUGUAGCUGUCUCGCUUGGGCUGUUUCUUAGGGUAAUGACCCCUGUCUCUAACUCCAUUUCCCCUCUCCCAGCCCUUUGGAGAUUGCGACCCGGAAAAAUUUCCUGUUCCUUGGCCUCUUACGGUUCCAUAUACGUGACCUUUCCGACGGUGGAUGGCAAGGUGGCUUGUGACGUGUGAAAAGGUUGCAGUUCUGUAUAUGCUCCCCCCCCCAUUAAGCCUUGCUUCUACUCUAUGUGGUGUUGGGGGUAAGGGUCCAGGCCAAUGACGCUUGCUUGUGAGUAAAAGUCUCUAAGGUGGGUUUCUAAAGUAGGCAGGCGGCCUUAACUUCCGCUUGCUUUCAUUCUGGGCUAAAUCCCCCAGCCCACCCUGCUUUGGAGGUGGUUACUCCUGAAUAAUCUCCAGUCCCUUUCAGUGCAUUCCCAGCAAUGCAUUGAAAGCGGCUUACAAGGCCAAACCAUUAGAACAGAAAUUAAAAUGAGAUAUUUAUAUGGGGGGGGGGGGGCUUUCUCCUUGAACAUGACCCAUAUUUUCACUAUUUGGCCGCUACAGUGGGUUAUUGAGGUCCCUGCUUCGCCUCCUGUAUGUAUCCUUACUUGCAAGUAAGCCCAGUGGAACUCACUGGGACUUUGCAUGGGCCGUGAGCUGUGACCCAGAUUCUCCCACCCACACUUUGGUGGUAGCGAACUUUGUGAAAGUGUCGGGCCUUGUGUUGACAGCCAGUCGGCACCUUCUUUGCAUUUGGGGACCCUCCCAAGUGUUGAACUUCGGACUCCUAAGGGGAGUUAUUUGCAACCUCACGUGGUCAAUCAUUUCCCCAGCCCAUGCAUGGAUGCCUAGAUCUACUUGCCCAUACUGAGGAGCAGUGGCUGCGGUCUAUUGCAGAAGAGUAAUCCUUGGGCUGGUUUUCCCACUCUUGGGACGGAUCCAUACUGGGAGGGGGGGGGAGAAAGAGAAAUAACUGUUAAUCCCCCCCUCUCCCCAUCUGCUUACAUCAUAACACAUCUUUUUAGGCUUGAGGGUCAUGACCUUUAGCCCUCUUCCUCCAUGACUCCCAGGAUUUGUGAAUGACCCCUGCGUAACCUUAUUUGCAAAUGACGUCCCACUGGCAAGAAGGGAGGGUGGAUAGCCUUGCCUUUUUCCUUGAUAAUACCCAGCUGCAAGGAUUUAUUUGUUUUUCUGUAUUGAAGAGCAUUCCAUCCUUUGAGAGUUCCCCCCCAUUCCCCUGAAAUGGUACAGCUCACACACAGAUUCCUCACCCCCCCCCUUAGCUGGUGUGAACUAGGCCUGUCUUGUAGUAACUGUCUCAUCUGAUCUGAUUCACACGCUUUGCUUGGGAGUCCCCUGACAGCUACCCCUGCAAGUGUGUUUUGUAUGUAAGGGUUAGAGUACUGAUCUCGUGCUUGGGAGGCCAAAGGUUCAAAUGCUCCUCGCAGCCAUGAAAGCUCAGUGGGUGGGUGACAUUGGCGCCAGUUGCUGCCUCCAAUGUCUGCCUUACAGGGUUGUUGUGCAGGUAAAAUGAAGGGGGGUGAACCAUGUAACUGUGCUGAGCUUAUUGGCAUAAAUGUUAGUACAGUGGUACCUUGGGUUAAGAACUUAAUGCUGUUCUUAACCUGAAACUGUUCUUAGCUUGAGGUAGCACUUUAGCUAAUGGGGCCUCCUGCUGCUGCCGCUGCACAAUUUCUGUUCUCAUCCUGAAGCAGAGUUCUUAACCCGAGGUACUAUUUCUGGGUUAGCAGAGUCUGUAACCUGAAGUGUCUGUAACCCGAGGUACCACUGUAAUAAGUAAUGUAAUUAUGUAGUACAGUAUAGAUGUCAAAAUAAAUAAGGCCUGUAACCCAGGGUCCGAAGUCCAGAUGUCCUCCGUAGUUUUGUGUCCCUGUGAUGGUGCAUCAUAGAGGAAUUAGGCAAUCAGUAGCUACUAGCAGAGUUAGAAACUCAGAUAUAUAAGCUAAUCGGCCCCUUAAACCUAGGUUACGGUCACCACAAUGGCCUUUUUUUACAUUGAGAUUUAUUAUUAUUAUUCAUUUCAUUUCCAUAUCGCUUUAUAUUUUAAAGAAAACAAAAACCUCAAAGUGGUUUGCAGCAGAUUAAAACAUCAAAUCAAACCAUCCCGAAGCCAAGCUUCACGGAAAAUAUUUCAGAUCCUUCUCUUAGUUACAUUUUCCUUUCCCCAUUCACCUGCUUAAUUUAUAUAGCUGCCUCAAAGAAGUGCUCUAGGAAGCCAGUGUGGUUGUAGUGGUUAGAGCAUGGGUAGGUAAACUAAGGCCCGGGGGCCAGAUCUGGCCCAAUCGCCUUCUAAAUCCGGCCCACGGACAGUCCAAGAAUCAGUGUGUUUUUACAUGAGUAGAAUGUGUGCUUUUAUUUAAAAUGCAUCUCUGGGUUAUUUGUAGGGCAUAGGAAUUCAUUUCCUCCCCCCCCAAAAAAUAGUCGGGUCCCCCACAAGGUCUGAGGGGCAGUGGACCGGCCCCCUGCUAAAGUUUGCUGACCCCUGGGUUAGCGUGUCAGACUAGGACCUUGGGAGAUCAGGGUUCAAAUUCCCCCUCAGUCUUGAAGCUCACUGGGUGACCUUGGAGUCAGUCACAGCCCCUUAGCCUACCUCACAGGGCCGUUGUAGGGAACUGACCGAGGAGGGAGGUGAACCAUGUACUCCUUGGAGAAAAAGGUGGUAUAUAAGUGCAAUAAAUAAGUUCUUUCUUGCCUGCUUGAGAAAAUCGCUAACCUGGCAUCCAGAGAUCUCCACGCUGUUGCCAUUGGACCCGUGCCAGUCGCAAAACAGGCCUGGCUAAUUUCUAUGGCUAUACUCUACCUCUGCCGUCAGAGGCAAUAAAUGCUUCUGAUAACCAAUUGCUGGAAGACCACAGGAGAGGAGUUAUUUUGUGCUUGGAUCCUGCUUCCGGGCUUCCCAUUGGGGCCUCUGGUUGGCCACUGUAAGAGCAGGUUGCUGUAUUUGCUCAGCUACUGGCAGGAUCCAGUAGGGCUGUUCAGGAACCAGUGACCGCCCAGAAGCUGCUGGCCUCCCAUCAGCCCCAUCUGAUGUGGUCAGUGGUCAUGGACAAUGGGGAGUUAUAGUCUUCCCAACCCACCCGAAGCCCUUGAGGGUGUCUUUUUGUCCAGAGGCAGUGAAAUGAACCUAGAAACAGCAUUUGCUGGGUCAGGCCAAAGGUCUGCUGUUGGCUGCAUAGAGGCAAGUGUCCCCUCUGGUUGCAGGUCCUCAUCAUCUGAUAUUCCCGAGAUACACUGCUCUUGGCAAUGGAGGGUCUCACCUUGGUCGUCCAGCAGCACAUACUGUACUAUCUCCUACACAUAGAAUCACAGGCGCUUUCUUAGUGGAGAAUGAGCUCCCCAUCUUUCCUUGCUUUGAGGGUGGGGGGUUAGAGCUGUAGAAAUUGAGUGAGGCGCCCUCAGUUCCUCCUCUUUGAGAAGAGGGCCAGAACUACACAUCAGCUGAGGGAGUCAGUGGAAGGGUGUCUCAUUUGUGGAAUGCGAACCCAGAAUAAGUGAACCGAAACCUGGUCUCUUUGUUUCUUGGGGCAAUGUGAAUAACCAAAGGGGUAACCGAAUUGUAGAGUUGGAAGGGACCACAGGGAUAAUCUAAUCUAGGUUUUCCCAAACUUGGGUCUCUGUUUUUGGACUACAGUUCCCAUCAUUCCUGACCACUGGCCCUGCCAGCUAGGGAUUGUGGGAGUUGUAGUCCAAAAAACAGCUAGAGACCCAAGUUUGGGAAACCCUGAUCUGGUCCAACCCCCUGUGAUGCAGGGAUCUUUUACGCGACGUGGGGCUCGAACCUGUGACCCUGAAAUGAAAAGUUGCAUGCUCUACCAACUGAGCUGUCCCACGGCAACAGUUGUUGUCAGUGCCAUUUUUCUAGGGAAAAAAUGGUUCUGGAACUCACCAUGAAUGCCUCCCUUGUUCUCUUGUAAUGGCAAUGGUACCCACCUGAGAGGUGCCGGAACUGAGUUCCAGGUGGGGGGAACCAUAGUUUCUGUCCUCUCUUUUGGGGGGCUCCCUUGCUCUCCUGCUGCUCAGAAUUGAAUCAGGAUGACAGAGGGGGAAUCCUGGCCCUCCAGUCCAGCCUAGAAGACCACAGGUUCCUACACUUGUGAAGUUUGGUGUUGAUCAGAGUUUCCCACACUUGAAACCCAGUCAGAUGGGUAUUGUUGUUGUUUUGUUUUGUUAUUAUUUACUAUACACCACCCACCUGGCUGGGUUGUCCCAACUACUCCUGGCAGUUUCCAACACAUAAAAGGUAAAGGUAAAGGGACCCCUGACCAUUAAGUCCAGUCGUGACCGACUCUGGGGUUGCGGCGCUCAUCUCGCUUUAUUGGCCGAGGGAGCCAGCGUACAGCUUCCGGGUCAUGUGGCCAGCAUGACUAAGCCGCUUCUGGUGAACCAGAGCAGCGCACGGAAACGCCGUUUACCUUCACGCCGGAGCAGUACCGAUUUAUCUACUUGCACUUUGACGUGCUUUCGAACUGCUAGGUUGGCAGGAGCAGGGACCGAGCAACGGGAGCUCACCCGGUUGCGGGGAUUCGAACCGCCGACCUUCUGAUUGGCAAGUCCUAGGCUCUGUGGUUUAACCCACAGUGCCACCCAUGUCCCAUCCAACACAUACAAAAGCAUAAUAAAACAUCAACUUCUCAAUACAAGGCUGCUUGUACAUACAUGCGCUAAGAGGUUCACAAAUUUGGGGUGGGGAAGCCAGUUGCUCGAAUCCAGUCUUCCAUGGGUGCUCUCUAAGGGAAACCUAUGCUAUAAUCACCAAGAGCCCAUGGGCUAAUAUUGGGGAUUCUUUGUUCAUGAAACGGUUUAUAUCCGCUAUUUCAGCUGUCCCAGAAGGGCCCUCAAGAUAGCGCACAUCAUCAAAAUAAUAAAGUGCAAAAAAGGAUGUUAAAAUGGCGGCAACACUCAAAUCUCUUUAGUACCCAAGGAUGUAAGUUGCUGAAGGACAGGUCAUUGGGUUAGAGGGUCUGUUUUGCAUACAGAGGGUCCCAAAUAGGGCUGGGAGAGACUUCCUGUCUGAAAUCCCAGAAAACUGCUGCCAGUCAGUGUUCAGAACAUAGAGGUGGAUAGACUGAUGUUCUGACUUGGUAGGAGAUGCUUUCUUUGGUGCCCGUAAAGGCCAGGUAGGAGGGCAAGUCUAAUCUCUGAAGGUUACAUUGAGAGGGCUUUGAUUGAUAAUUUAUUUUGUGAAGAGCCAGACUGUGGAUCUAAGAGUUCUUCCUCGUGCUGGUUUGUUGUGGAAUCUGAUCUAUCUAUCCAUCCAAAUAACAUCUUCUCAUCCGUAUGGCAGCCAUUUAUUUUGUCCCAUUUUAUCCGCUUUUAUCCUUUCUGGGGGAAAUAUGAUAAUCUUGAAAAACCAAUGUAGACCUGUAGCCGACGCCCUGUUUGCGAUAUCUUGGAGACCCAUUUACAACCACUGUUAGAAACUUGCAUAUAAAAGCCGAUCUUACACCUGGAUUACGGUUGUCAUGAAGGAAUGUCUAGGUGCCUUUUUAUUAUUUUUCGUUUCACUUCUAUACCACUUUAUAUUUUAAAGAAAGAAGAUCUCGAAGCAGUUUAUAACACAUUGAAACAUCAAAUAGAAACAAUCCAGAAUCAAAACAAAUUCAAGCAGCAAGGAAAAUAUUUCAUAUCUUUCUCUAAGUGACGUUUUCUUUUCCUCAUAUUUAUUUACCUACUUAACUUAAUAGAGCUGCCCCAUAGAAGUACUCUAGGGAGUACUCAGAAGUACUUGGAGCGGAUGUUGUCUGAAACUCUGGAGAGUUGCUGCUGGUUAAUAUAACCAAUGUGGCGCUAGAUGGACCAUUGGCCUGACUUGGUGAUGGAGGAAGAUGGCAGCCAUGGCCACCACCAAAAUGGACUGGUUAUAAGUAGCCAGGUAACCAUGUGGGGGCUGGCUGAGGGUAGGCUUAGCUUGGCCACCUGAAGGAUGCUUCCUAUUGUGAAAUCCUGGAGAGGCAGCAGUUGCCUGCCAGUGUAGACAAUACUGAACUAGAUGGACUCGGUUUAACGCCGUUUACUAUGUCGCUAAGUCUCUGGGUUUGUGUGCGUUUCCUUUGGGAUAAUAAAGGCACUGACAGACAAAAUUGCAUCCCUGUGCUCUGUUCAACAGGAGCAGCAGUCAUUGCCUCUUUUGGGGCUCCUUAAAGGUAAAGGAAAAGGACCCCUGACAGUUAAGUCCAGUCGUGAACGACUCUGGGGUUGCAGUGCUCAUCUCGCUUUACUGGCCGAGGGAGAAGGCGUACAGCUUCCAGGUCAUGUGGCCAGCAUGACUAAGCCGCUUCUGGCAAACCAGAGCAGCGCACGGAAACGCCGUUUACCUUCCCGCCAGAGCGGUACCUAUUUAUCUACUUGCACUUUGACGUGCUUUCGAACUGCUAGGUUGGCAGGAGCAGGGACCGAGCAACGGGAGCUCACCCCGUGCAGGGAUUCGAACCGCCAACCUUCUGAUCAGCAAGCCCUAGGCUCAGUGGUUUAGUCCAUAGUGCCACCCGCGUCCCUGCUCCUUACACUUUCUAAAUGUGCUUUUGGUGGCAUUAGAUAUCCACCCAGCUUAGCAGCUUGCAUUCUGCUUGUAGGAAGGCUCACAGCUCUGUUGGUAGAGCAUGGGGCUCUCAAUCUCAGGGUCGUGGGUUCGAGCCCAACGUUGGGCAAAAAGAUUUCUGCAUUGCAGGGGGGUGGACCAGAUGACGCUUGUGUUCCCUUCCAACUCGACAAUUCCAUAUUCUAAGGUGUGUACCUGUACCUCUAUCAAUUCUGUUGCCUGUAUGACAUUUACCACCUAACCACCUAACCACCACCUAACCAAACCCCUCAAUCCGGGGUUUCUCAGACCCCCCUCCUUUUGGAUUGAGAGCUGGGGAAAGUGUGGGAAGGCAUAUGGAGAAGAACCUUCACCAUUCACAGUUAAAUGACAGUAUGAAUGAGCCCUGUAGCUUACCCUUAUUUCAGUAAUCUUUUGAGCACAGGGCUUUGCCAGUGAGUGUGUUGACUUUCUCUUUUGUGAUCCUGGGCUGGUGCUUUUCUCCCAUUUUUUUAAAAAAGGAAGGGGAGGGUGUUAAGAAGGUUUUACCUGGUAUUGCUGCCAGAACUUAAAUUCUCUUUCUUUCUUUCUUUCUUUCUUUCUUUCUUUCUUUCCCUCCCUCCUCUAACGGAGUUGGAGCCAGAGGCUUGUACUGUACAGGGUUUAAUCUGUGCCAGGCUCUAAUGCUGGGGCUAAAUUCCAGCACAUGUGUCCUAACAAACUCUGAGAAUGUGCAGAGCGCAGCGAUGUGAGCUUUCCAGAAACUUUUGAAGGAAGGGUGGUUUUCACUGGACAACUUUUAGUUUGCCUCGGGGGGAAAUUCGGAUGGUCUAAGCAUGAUGUAACCUAGCAUGUUUAGUUUACUUGCAUUUAGUAAAUAAAGCUUAAAAUGCAAUUAAUGUUUGGUGUUUUACUAUGUUUUUAUAUGUGCUGUAAGCCACCCAGAGUGGCUGGGGAAACCCAGCCAGAUGGGCAGGCUAUAAAUAAUAAAAUUAUUAUCCUAGGUUGGCCUAAUACUUAUUUGCAGUUGGCACCUAUUCAUUGUUUAUGAAUGAACUUCUAAAACAGAACAUUUUCUGCUACACACUGCUGAUGCUAAGUCACAAUGGGCUUGGGGAAAGUUGCAAUGGGUAUGAAUCUGUGUGUGUGUUCUCUGUGUAUAUAUUUUAUUUCGCCAGGGAGAAUAAGAAUCCUGCAAUCCGACUUUCAGAAUCCAUAUUGGUGUUCUAAUGUUUAUUUUCCACAUGGUUGCAAUUGGACUUGCGCCAGUUGCAAAACGUGCCUGGCUAAUUUCUAACACUGGGCACAUACGGGUUAUGGUGGCCUUACCACCCUCUCACAAAACAUCACAUCCAUGUGCAGCAGCAUCCUAAAUAAAGCUUUGAAAGCAGUUCAGCCUCAUAUGAAAACUUGCUGGACGGAAAAGUCCCAAGAAGUAGUACAGAGUUGAGUUUGGGCUGUUUGGUUCCUGUUCUAACGUAACAAGACGUACUGUUUUCUCACCUGCACCGUCAUUCUCUGCAUGUAGGCUAUAAAAUAGGUUUGAUUUUGGCAGUUUUUCCUGACUCCUGCCCCGCCCUGAUUUAACCGCACACUUGAAUCAGCUCGUCGGUAGACCAGGAACCUUUGGGGUUUUUUUAAAUGCUGCUGUAAAACUUUGCUGCUAAACGUUGCACGGGUUUAAUGCAGCUCAACGGACCUGCCAUGGGUAGCAAAGAACUGCUACUGUGAAUCUGCCCCCACUUGCAAGUGACCAUCUGUGCUACAGUUAUCUCGCUAGCUACGUAUUAUAACACUGGGUUGCUUUGCUUUGUUUUGGCUUCACGUGGACCUGCUGAAAAUCAGCCGAUGGACUACGACAGGGGAAGACGCUUCAAGAGCAAAAGUGGGGGUGUAAAAUGUAUUGUGCUUUCGGUCUGGUAACACAGAUGGGGUAGAUUGCAGUGCUUCUCAUUCUACAGAUGGGGAAAACUGAGGCUGGAAAGCAAAAGCUGCACACUUCGCUCCUCCCAGAGAGGGCACUCUUUGGUGCAGAUUUGAAAUAGUCUGGGGAGGGGGAUUAUUCUGCUUUAUUAGUUGUUCUAUUAUGCUUCCCCAAGGCUACCACACUGGGCUAUUUGGAAUAGUCUCUACACGGACCCAUACAACUUUCUCCUAGCUAUAGUGGAAGGGAUGACCAUCUCUGAGUCUUUUAAAUGCACUCACAAAUUCUCCUAGACUGCCACUGAUUUAAAAAAAUAUUUUUAGCAGCCCGCUGAGAGGCCCGUAGCCUGCAUUCCCUGCAGUCAGCAUAGAAACACUGAUUAGGACCAAUUCCCCACCCCUUUUGUCCAAGCAGGAUCGAACAAGAGGGACUAAGCAAUCCAUCUCUCCUCUGCCAGGUCUGCACCUGAAGGCAAUUCCUUAUCACCUGUAUAUUUGGCAAACUGAAUGCUGAUCUAGCUCAUUAUGACCCAAAAGCAAAGCAGUGUAAUUUGGGCAGGGUUUGCCAGCAUGGUGUCGGUGAGCGUAAUGUUCCCACUCUUCCGCCCCCCUUCCCACUUUUUCUGGUGCGUCUGAACUGCCCCUCUUGGUCAUGUGGGGACCAGAGUGCCUACCUCCCCCACUUGAAAAAGAGCAUAGAGUUGAAUGAGGAAGUGUGGCGCUCUGGCCCACUUCCUCUUUCAGCUCUAUGUGCUUUCCAAGGCUCAGAUAAAAUUUGGCCAGAGCCCAGAUUCACCAGAUCUCUUUGUGUGCAUGCAUUUAAUAUCUUAACUUUCUUCCAACCGAGAGGCUAAUGGGAGUCAAAAUUGGCAAUGCAGCCCAUGUUAAAAAUUCUGAUAUUAAAAGCUAGGGGCCCAGUGGCUCUAAAGUCUUGUUUUUCAAAUGAUGGACUGACUGUGAUUGCUUCUCAGUUAAACAUCUGCCUAGUUCAGAUGGCAGCCUUGAGCUAGGUUAAGAACAUUGAGAACCUAAAGAAGAAAAGUCCCUUGAUUCAAGGACAGUCUGCAUAUCCCGUACUUUUCCGUGCAUAAGACUAGGUUUUUUUACUUAAAAAUAAUGUUUAGAACGGGGCUCGUCUUAUACACAGGCAGUACAUUGUGGGGCCAGGUGAUUGCUUGCAGCUCCCAAAAUAGGGGGCGUCUUAUUCACAGGGGCAUGUUAUACACGGAAAAAUACAGUAUAUUGGCCUGUUCUGAGCUCUUUUUCUUAAUGGUGACUGCUCCUGCUCAGCAUUCCGGUUCCAGAAAUUCAUUCUGCUUGUUUGGAUAAAGUAUAACUGAUAGUAUUCUACAGGAUGGGGUAUUAGUGUGUGAAAACGGUCCGCAUCCAAUGAUCCCCAGAUGGCAGAAAUGUCAGUUGUUCCCAAGUAGUCAUAAGCCAGGUGCAAAAUGCGCCUGGCUAAUUUCAAACACUGGCAACCCCAGGGGCUAUGAGAAGCUGGAUGGACUUUGAAUGGUUAGCCAUUUGACUCUGUUGCUUUUCCCACUCCCACGGCUGACAUGUUUUGUAUUGGAUUGGGGCCUUAACACACUCCCACUUAAAUCUCAGUGAUAUCUGCCUGAACCUGGCUGAAAAUUGAUACAGACCUAGCCUCUGCCUGCUUUACUCAGGAAGCAAGCCCUGCUGAGUUUGAGCCGCCUGGCUUCCAAAUAAGUGCAUAUCGUUGCAGCUUUGGAGAGACCAACCUUUCGUUUGAAACCCUGACCUUUCAAUCAUUAUACUUCUUCCCUGCACUCUGCUUCCCCAAACCUAACCUUCCUUGCCUUAUCUCCCUGCGUCUAGAGCAGCCUUUCUCAAUCUGUGGGUCCCCAGAUGUUGUUGGACUACAACUCCCAUCACCCCUAGCUAGCAAGGCCAGAGCUCAGGGAUGGUGGGAAUUGUAGUCCAACAGCAUCUGGGGACCCACAGGUUGAGAACCACUGGCUAGAGCACUGGUAUGCAAACUAAGGCCCGGGGGCCGGAUCCGGCCCCAUCGCCUUCUCAAUCCGGCCCGCAGAUGGUCCGGGAAUCAGCGUGUUUUUACAUGAGUAGAAUGAGUGCUUUUAUUUAAAAUGCAUCUCUGGGUUAUUUGUGGGGCAUAGGAAUUCGUUCUUUUCUUUUUUCAAAAUACAGUGGUACCUCGGGUUACAUACGCUUCAGGUUACAGACUCCGCUAAACCAGAAAUAGUUGGAUUAAGAACUUUGCUUCAGGAUGAGAACAGAAAUUGUGCUCUGGCGGCGCGGCAGCAGCAGGAGGCCCCAUUAGCUAAAGUGGUGUUUCAGGUUAAGAACGGACCUCCGGAACGAAUUAAGUACGUAACCAGAGGUACCACUGUAUAGUCUGGCCCCCCACAAGGUCUGAGGGGCAGUGGACUGGUCCCCUGCUGAAAACGUUUUCUGACGCCUGGUCUAGAGCAUAUAAUUGUCAGCCUGUUUGACAACCUUCCCCCAGACCAGCUCUUAGAUUGUUAUUGCUGCCUUCCUUGGACUGUAGUUUAUUGGUGGAGGGAACUUUGUUUGCUCUGAUUAGUUUAACCCCCUUAGCCUUUGUCCUGUCCUCUGUGCCGCUUUCAAAGCGAUUCGACCCAGGUCAUAAUAAGGAUCGUUGGGGGGCCUUUUUCCACUUGGGGUGGGAAGGCUCUUCGGCAUCCAAAUUUAUUUUUUGAAGAAAUAUCAGGGAAAAAAUUAAUGCCCCAUUCAGGGCUUCCCAUAUUUAGCCCUUUUGAGCAAGUGUGAUUAUCAAACAGCUGGCCGCAGUGAGAACUUAUUUGGCCCAGGAAUGGAAGGCAUGCUUCAGCUUCACGUUGCAGUAUGAAAUAUGUGGAAUCUGGCUGCCACGGAGAAAAAUAAGCCACAAGUUGCACAUUUCUAAGGGAAAGGGAGACCCAGAACAUUCCUGCACUGCUUGGUGGGAUUUCAUUUUAUUUUUACAUGUCAAAUUCAGAUGUGCAAAACUCUGGUUCGGUUGGUAGAGCGUGAGACUCGUAGUCUCAGGAUCAUGGAUUCAAGCCCCAAGUUGGGGCAAAAUAUUUCUGCAUUGCAAGGGGGUUGGACUAGAUGACCCUUGUGGUCCUUUCCAGCUCCACCAUUGGAUGAUUCUUACCCCACCAAAUCACAAAAUCUGGCUUUCCAGGAUGUGUUUUGCUUCUUUUAUUUUUCCACAUUAUCUGCUCUCUAUCUGUUUGGUAAAUACAAGCUCCGUACUGCUCCUGUGGCUUGUGAUUUUGAUUGUGUUUUCUUUUUUAUUUGUAUUUUUAAAAUUUUAUGUUAAUGAAAAGCUCUGUUGACACUAAUCACAAAUUCAUCUGAAGUCUUUAGAAAACCUCACAGGGGAGAAUGCAGGAUGAUCUCCAAGUUGUGUAAACCAUACUUACAUAGGAGAUGUGGCUGCUUCCUAGGCUUGUGCUGUUGAGUGUUGCAUCACCGGCACUUCGGAACUCCCUGCCUAUUGAUGCCAGGCAGGUGCCUUCACUAUAUUCCUUUUGGUGCCUGCUAAAGACAUAAUAGUUUGAAAGCACGUCAAAGCGCAAGUAGAUAAAUAGGUACCACUCCGGCGGGAAGGUAAACAGCGUUUCCAUGCGCUGCUCUGGUUGUAAGAGUUUUAAUGUGUUUCAGUAUAUUUUAUUGUGGCUUUAACUUUCUGUAUGUUUUAAAUUGCGGUUGUAAAAUUCUUUCAAGGAUAAUUUUAUUAUUUUACCUUUCGAGGUUUUUUCUUUCCUUUUCCCUACAAUCAAGCGGUAUAUAAAUUUCAUGAAAUAAUAAUAGCAGCAGCAUACAAGCGAGGAACCUGCAUUCCUCCAGAUCAGCCGUUCUCAACCUGUGGGUCCCCAGAUGUUGUUGGACUACAACUCCCAUCAUCCCUGAGCUCUGGCCUUGCUAGCUAGGGGUGAUGAGAGUUGUAGUUCAGCAACAUCUGGGACCCACAGGUUGAGAAAGGCUGCUCCUGAUGAUGCUGGACUACAGUUCCCAUCAUUCUCUGCCACUGGGCAUGUUGGCAGGGGCUGAUGGGAGUUGCAGUCCAGCGACAGCCAGAGGGGGCCACAGGUGUUCCCCUUAGCCUUGUAAAUGAAGCACAUCUCAGGGGUUGUGCACAUUCUGAGUGUGCAGAAGCUCUGGGUUGGAUUCCUGGAAGUAAUUUCCAGUGUGUUCUUAACGUGGUGUUUGUGUAGGGGAGGCAGCAGCAGAUGGUACUGGCAUGGUGUAGAGGGUUAGGCUAGAAAUUCCCACUCUGCCACUCUCGGGGGCCGGUAGCGAUCUCUCUGCCUAACCUAUCCCACAGGGCCGUUGUGGGGAUUAAACUGAGAUGGGGAAAGAUACGUGGGAGCCACCUCGACCUCCCUGGAGGAAAAGUAGGAUAUAAAUGUCAGAAUGAAUGGGUGAAUUUUAGGGGGCAGUGGGGGGGGGAGAGAACUGGCAAGAUUGCAUAAUGGAACCUCACCUGGUGGAAAAGAGACCUGUGAGGAUAACCUGAAGAGGCCAGAGCUGAUGUCGCCAGCUCUGGCACCCUCCAAACUACAACUCCCAUAAGCCCUGAGGUACCCCUGGGAGUUGUAGCACACAUGUAUAUGGAGGGCGCUCGCUUGGAGUGUAUCUCACUAGGUGGAGCAUCCUCUUCUCGGGCGCAGAAGGUCGUGGGUUCAAUUCCUGACAGCAUCACUCUCGUCGGGGCCUAGAAUCUCCCUGCCCCUGGAAACCUGGAUAGCUGCUGCCAGCCAGAGUGGACAGUGCUGAGCUUAGUGGCCUCACUCUGAAUCCCCGGCAGCUUCCUCUGCUGUUUGCAGAGUUAUAGUCUGAGGAGGGGGCUGGGAAAUUGGAGGGCGGGGAGGGGGGGGAGAAAGGAAAGCAGGAGGGUUGUAGAUAAAUUUUUGGAAGGGGUGACUUUGAGAUUUCAUGCGCCAGGUUUUUGUUUUGUUUUUUUCAGUGGGGAGGGGGCCUAACAUGGAGAGUCUGCUUUCCAAACGAGUCCUGCCAGGGCUGCUUCUGUGCCCUCUGCAGCUGGUUCCUCUGUCUCCUUCUGUCCCCCCCACCCAGCUUCCGCCACCUCCUUCAAGGUGACCUUCAAAGGGGUACAGGCUUCGCCCAGCCAAUCAGAGCAGAGUGGGAGGGCCUUCCUCCCCUCUACCCCUCCUCUCUUUGUUUAAGAUCACAGGAUCCUUUAAGGUAUCCUCUCCCCCCCCCCAUAUCUUUUCAUUGAGGGGGUGGGAAUGCAACACCCCACACCCCCUGAUUCCUGCCCUCUCCCCUCUUCAAGAGGGAGUCCAAAAUUAACUAUAUCCUUUUUAACGUGCUGUGUGCACGCACGUGGUUUUAUAGAAGUCUCAUCUGAGGCUUAGGAAGCGGAAGAGUCCUGGGGAAUCCCGUUGUCCUUCAGCGUUGGUUGGAAAGGGGAUUCCCGCCCCCACCUUCCAGUCUGAAAUGGCCUCCCCCACUCCUUCCCCCUCCCCUCCACGCAUGCACCUGCAAUUGGCAGUUCCGUAGCUGCUCCCACAUUCCUGCAAUAUUUUUAAAGAGACAAGCACCCUUUUCCUUCCCUCGCAUAGCAGGCUUAAGGUAGCAACAGGAGCCUCUUGCAAACAGGGGUUUUUGCAGGGAAGGACCAUAGGGUAGGUGGUCCAACUUGCAUGCAAAAAGUCCCGUGUUCAAUCCUCCAGGGGUCUCUAGGUUUGGACUGACCUCUGAAAGUCUUCCAGACAGUGUAAACGGUAUUGAUCUAGACGGAGCAAUGGCUUGUCUUUGGAUAGGGCAGCUUCCUAACAUUCCUUUGGUUGUUUGCUCAUAGAAUCGUAGAGUUGGAGGGGACCACGACCUGGUUGUCGUCUCAAGGAGGGCAGUAGUGAUUGUUGCGUGAAGAAUAAUCUGUAUAUAUGGUGCCUUCAGUGUGCAGGGUGGUUUAUGCAGAGUAUAAGAAGGCAGGUCUCUGCCCACAAGGAGCUUACAGUUACAAUUAUUAAUAAAUGGUGGGCUUGGAGUGCUGUUUGAGUUGAAAUGUGUAAUUCACUCCAGAUCUCUUGGGAUGAACUGGAAAAGUCUGUAUGGAGAAUAGCUCUGACUUACAAAGCAUUUUUGAUGCAUCUUUUUAAUGCAGCCGGUGGCACUGAAGGGAGGCAGUCCCUUUGUGUAUAUAUAAGCCCAUGGGUAGGCAAACUAAGGCCCGGGGGCUGGAUCCAGCCCAAUCGCUUUCUAAUUCCUGCCCGCGGAUGGUCCGGGAAUCAGCUUGUUUUUACAUGAGUAGAACGUGUGCUUUUAUUUAAAAUGCAUCUCUGGGUUAUUUGUGGGGCAUAGAAAUUCGUUCAUUUUUAUUAUUAUUUUCAAAAUAUAGUCCAGCCCCCCACAAGGUCUGAGAGACAGUGGACCGGCCCCCUGCUGAAAAAAAUUGCUGAUCAUUGUAUAAGCCAAAUGGCACCUUAAACCUAGGUUAGUCACCACAGCAGAAUGUCGAUUUGCCAGGGGGUUGGGCUCAGUGCCCCUCGGGAUCCCUUCCAAUGCCACAAUUCUACGUUUCCGUGAUCUCGAGUACAUUGCUUGACUGUAGCUCGCGUUUACAAUUCACUUGUCCCAAUAUGCAACAAGGAGAAACUCACACAGUUGAAGGGGAAAUGGUUAUUAACUCUGGACUAAGGCAGAGGCUUCUAAACUGGCUCGAUGGAGAUGUCAGUCGCCAGCCUGAUGCCCAGAAAUCUCCACGUAGUCAUAGUUGGUCGUGUUCCAGGGGCAAAACGUGCCCAACGAAUUUCUAACACUGUUUCUGAAGUGUGACUCCCUUCAUCUGUGGCCAUUGGCUUUGCUUGCUGGAGCUGAUGGUAGCCCAGAACAUUGACAGGUUCAAAGUUUCCCCCACAUCAGAGUUGCUGCUUCUCUGUUGCUUGCAACUGUAAGCUCCUCAAGGCAGGCGCUAGACCCCAGCAAAUCAUCCUGCACACGUCCGGCAUUACUCUGAUGUUGAACUACAACUCCCAUCACCCCUAGCUAGCAAGGCCAGAGCUCAGGGAUGAUGGGAGUUGUAGUCCAACAUCUGGAGAACCACUGUGUGCAUAGAAUAUAAAGUCAUCUCCCACUCACGGUUGCUUCCUUCUUCCCACCCUCUGAAAACCAGUAUGCUUAACACACUUAAUUUCUCUGUGUCGGGUUGUCGGAGGCUCUCCCCGUAGGGUGGAACAAGGUGGGAAUUCCUCCUAAGGCUGAAAAAAUGGCUUCUGUGGGCUUCCAUCCAUUCUGGGGUUUGGCGACAGCAGUGCUAGGGUUCAGAGAUCGCUCUCUCUCUCUCUCUCUCUCUCUCUCUCUCUCAUCUAUUUCUGCCUCGACUUGUUUAAAAACCGGUUCUUGUGUGCCAGGGCUGCCUGCAAGGGGAGUUUGCCAAAAUUUGCCAGAGCGUUUCUGUGUCUACAUUGGCGGGAGCUGUUGCUAGAGCGUGCCUCCUUCUCUCAACGGUGUUUGGGAAGUACAUAACCUCUAUGUCAACAUUCUCCUCCAACAUUUGCCUGCUUGACGAAUCUGGUUUGGCUAGUGGGUGUUUUGGUUGGCAGACGGCUAUGGCAGUGGGGAGUGUGCCUUCCCUUACCAACAGCAUAAGUUAGACCCUGGUGGAUCCCUCCAAUCCUUAUCCGGCAUUCUGACCAGUGCGCCACGAUGCUUAUUUUUCAAAAUGCUGCAAGGCUCCAUAGGAAUGCGCGAACAAAAAAUUCGGCAUCUUUUGUUUCCAGUUCCUUUCCCCCUUAAAAAACAUUGUGAAGGUGGAAAUGUAAAGAUUCGAACGGUGAUUUUUAUCAUAUGUGGUGGACUUGUGAUAAAAUAAAAACAUUUUGGGAGAUGAUCUACAAUGAACUAAAGAUGAUGUUUAGAUAUACGUUUCACCAAAAACCAGAAGCAUUUUUGCUAGGUUUCAUGGGAAAUGAGAUUGCAAAGGUGGAUCAAAGACUAUUUAUGUAUGCCACAGUUGCAGCGAGGACUUUGCUGGCCCAAAAAUGGAAGUUACAAGAAAUACCUACUAUUGCGGAGUCGCAGGCGAAGUUGAUGGACUUUGCAGAGUUGGCCAAACUGACUUGCAGGAUCCGAGACCAGGGCAAUCAGAAAUUCCUAAGAGACUGGAGUAAAUUUAUUGCACAUUUGAAUGAUAAUUGUAAAAAUUUGAAGACACUAUCAGGAUUGAAAUAAAUCCUACAAUGUGGAUAUAUAGUAAAGAUUUAAAUUGCACAAUUCGAUGUGAUAUGGAAUACCUGUUGAAGGGAAGGAAGGAAGUCGUAAGCUCGGCAGAGCAAAAGGUUGUUUUGUGUUUGUUACUGUAAUGUUGGAAAUGUUGUUUAAAGGAAAAUAAUAAAAAAUUAUUGGGGGGGGGGACAUUGUGAAGGAAGUUGUGCAAUACUUGUGUCGUAAAACGUUUUUAGCUUUCCCACCAAAGCAUAUAGCUUCUAACUUGUUACAGUACCCAAAGCCCAUUAAGUGAUCUUGAAUCCUUUCCUAACAAUAACAACAAAUGUCAGUGCAUGUUGGGGAUCCUUUUUCUUACAAAGCAUGUAAUAAGGCUCCCUGUGCACUUUUGACACAUCUAGUAAGUGAAUCCUCAGGUGGGAAACUUUUCAUCCUGGAAUUUCCUAGAAAACUCUCAUCACUAGUGCCUUGUGGGCCGUGUUGGCUACCCAGAACGGUGGAUGGAAGUUGCAGCUGCAACAUCUGGAAGGGCAAAAGGUCUCCACACCUCUUUUAUGGGACCAAACCCCGAAAGCCUGGUGCUUAAACAUAUAAGCAAAACAUGGACAAACUGGUGUAGUGCUGGAUACUCAGGUGUAGCGCACCUGGUUUUUCAUGUGCCACUGAGCUUGCCAACAAUGUGCUCUCCGGGUUUUUGGAACUACAUCUGAAUCUUCCAUCAGAAGCAACCUUAGAAACUCAGGUAUAUAAUAUAAUCACCAAAUUGCAUUUUAAACCUAAGGUGCUACUGCCACAAUGGAAUGUCUUUUUUGCAGUGGGAUGAUGAUGAUGAUUCCAUUUCUUUUUUAUAUUUAAAAAAUAAAUCUCAAAGUGGUUUGCACCACAUUGAAACGUCAGUUAAAAUAAUCCGGAAUGAAACAAAAUUCAAGCUUCAAGGAAAAUAUUUCAGAACCUUCUCUAAGUUGGCUUUCCCCAGGCGCCAACCUGGCAUUUCCAGAGAUCUCCCGCGUGGUUGCAAUUGGACCCACGCCAGUUGCCAAACGCGCCUGGGUUACUUCUGACACUGGUGCCCUGAAAUCUACACAGCAAAUUUAACAUUUCUCUUGGGGCACGGCCACUGCACCUUCCAAAAAAAUUUUUUUUAAAAAUUGGAACCAUAGUGUUAGUGAGGUGCUGAGAAUUCUUCCCCUACAGACCAUGGAUAAGAAAACUAAGGCCUGGGGGCCGGAUCCGGCCCAAUCACCUUCUAAAUCCAGCCUGCGGACGGUCCGGGAAUCAGUGUGUUUUUACAUUAGUAAAAUAUGUCCUUUUAUUUAAAAUGCAUCUCUGGGUUAUUUGUGGGGCAUAGGAAUUCAUUCAUAUGUUUUUUUCAAAAUAUAGUCCGGCCCCCCACAGGUUCUGAGGGACAAUGGACCGGCCCCCUGCUGAAAAAGUUUGCUGACUUCUGCUACAGACACUUCUUUGUAAAACCACGCUUUCCAGGGAAGGGGAGUCAGAGAUUUGGGUCAGGACUGGCUGGUAUGGUCCUAUAAGCCCCUCUCUUCUCGUUCUUGGAUGCCCGUGUAAAGAGGCCCUCUCGUGACUCAAAAGUGGGUGGAGCUAAUUUUGCAUCAUGGGAUGUAGGUGGGGCUUUGUUGUGCACCGUGCAAAGUGGGGGGGGGGCACUAUACUUUCUGAAUUGCUCUUGUUCCAGGAGGUAGGGUGGUUUUGCUGCCGGACUGGGGGUGCGGUUGCUGCGCUGGCUCACAUUUGGACCUAUGAUUAGCUCAACCCUCCUGUUUUAAUAAUUUGGCGUUGAAUGGCUGGCUUAAUUCUUCAGCGGCCUGGUAUAUCUCCGUGGGAACCACCCUUACCCAUACAUGUAUGCGCGGAGAUCCUUUUAAGUCGUCGGAAUGUGCAACUACAUGUUUUUUGAAAAUUGCGUAACGCAAAAUUGCACUGAUUACCUUGCAAGGAAGGAGGCUGCCUUUGACCAGCCCAGAAGAAAGAGAGAGAUCCAGUUACAGGAGGCAACUUGUGUUUUCUCUUCUCCAUCCCCCACCCUGACCAGUCUCACGAGCCAUCUGGGGUGACCAGUAACACUGGUUUUUCUGCUUCUCGAGUGCUGUGGAAUGAGCCGGGCUCUCAAAUCAGCCCGCUCAGCAAAAAGCAUUAGGUUUUAAUUCGAAAGUGUGUCUGUGUGUGUGUGUGUGUGUGUGUGUGUGUAUUCAGUAAGUUCUUGGGAAAGAUGGACCACUGAGACCAGUCUGCACCUGGCCAUAGUUUGUGGCACCCUGACCACCAGUGGUGGUUUGCCAAGAAGUUUAGCAACCAUACCUUGUAGGGCCCAGCUACAUACUACCCAUGUGAAAUCAAUAUUAAAUUCCAUGUCAGUGCUCAGAGUUUAAUAGGAAGCUGGUCAGUAUAGUUAAUAAUAAUAAUAAAAAGGUAAAGGACCCCUGGACGGUCAAGUCCAGUCAAAGGUGACUAUGGGGUUGCGCAGGCUCAUCUUGCUUUCAGGCAGAGGGAGCCGGUGUUUGUCCACAGACAGCUUUCCGGGUCAUGUGGCCAGCAUGACUAAACCGCUUCUGGUGCAACAGAACACUGUGAUGAAAGCAGGAGUGCAUGGAAAUGCCAUUUACCUUCCCGCCUUUCAGGUUGGCAGAAGCUGGGACAGAGCAACAGGAGCUCACCCUGGCGCAGGGAUUCGAACCACCGACCUUCUGAUCAGCAAGCCCAAGAGGCUCAGUGGUUUAGACCACAGCGCCACCCACUCCCUAGUAUAGAUUAGUUAGCAUAGUAUAGCUUGCCCUACUUAUACCUGGUUAUUAUAGUUCCCUUGCGAGAUUGCCUUACCCUUCAUGGGCCCACUAGACCGCUUUGAUCGACAGAAUUGGCACCACCACAGGUGAAGCAUGAUGCCCUUUCCUCAAUUGUAAGAACCGGACUGCUUAGUGUAGCAGUGCUUUCCCUUUGGAACUCCCUGCCUCUUGACAUCGAGCAGGCACCUUCGCUGUUCUUUUCAGUGCCUGCUGAGAACAUUCCUGCUUAGAAAUGCCCACUCAGGUGCUUUAGAAAGCUGAGGUCCUUUUAAUCUGUUGUAGUAUUUCAAUUUUGGUAUGCUUUAAAGUAGGGUUGUAAAUCUUUUAAUUUAAUUGUUUUAUCUUUCUCUAAAUCACUUUGAGGUGGGGGUUUUUUAGGGGGAGACCAAUCAAGCAGUGUAUAAACUUGAUUAAACAAAUAUGUAGCUCAGCAUUGUCCACAAUGACGCGGGUGGCGUUGUGGGUUAAACCACAGAGCCUAGGGCUUGUCGAUUGGAAGGUUGGCGGUUCGAAUCCCCGUGACGGGGUGAGCUCCCGUUGCUCGGUCCCUGCUCCUGCCAACCUAGCAGUUCGAAAGCACACCAGUGCAAGUAGAUAAAUAGGUACCGCUCCGGCGGGAAGGUAAACGGCGUUUCCAUGCGCUGCUCUGGUUCGCCAGAAGCGGCUUAGUCAUGCUGGCCACAUGACCCAGAAGCUGUAAGCCAGCUCCCUCGGCCAAUAAAGCGAGAUGUGCGCUGCAACCCCAGAGUCGGUCACGACUGGACCUAAUGGUCAGGGGUCCCUUUACCUUUACCUAUUGUCCACAACAGGGUUUCAGGCAAGUGGCUGGGUUUGAACCUAGGAUCACCCCCAUGUCUUCUGCCCUGCUCUCCACCAUACUUGCAGCAAGAGCAGCCAGCAACUCAACAAUGUUUAUUGUUCUUACGGGGCAAGUGUUUCCUAGACUUUCCUAGUAUGCUCAUGAACUGAAUGCAUGGUUCCUGGGUAUGUAGAAGGCAUCGUUUUCUGUAUUUGCCACCUGCGGAGCUGUUUCUGUUCCCCUGCAGAUCACCUUCUGCCAAAAACCAUGUUGCUCGUCCUUCUGUCCGCUGCGGCGGGAUUAUGCAACUUAACGUAAUUAAUGGUGAAGAUUGCAUCAUUCCACCCCACUGAUUUUGGUUCAAAUGGGGUGUAAUCGAUUGUGUACCAUUUGCUGACUGAACACAAUAGCGGCAACAUGGAAUCCCACCUGUGUUUGCUGGGUUGUUUUCUGUUCUGGACAAAUAAGUAUUGGCCAUUUCCGCUCCCUUUUUCGUCGGCGUUCUCCGACGUCUCUAAAGGCCGCUGGCAGGGGUGCCAACAUGGACCUUUCUUCCCUGCCGAGGCCCAAAGAAUGCCUGUUAAGAAACCUUUCCUAGGAAGACUGCAAAGCCGCCAUUGUUCUACGGAGCAUGAGAACCAAACUUCUUGCCAAGAAAUGCCAGCGUGGAUGAGCCGAAGGCUUGUCAGACUAAACCGAUUCCCAGUUAACUCUCUUUUUUUCUUUCUUUUUCUCUUUCUCUAUACUCCCCUUUUAAAGUAGUUGUAAAGUAUUCCCCGCUCAACUCUCCCAAGUUCUUAAGAGUUUCUGGUUCCUGCUAAUCUCUUACUUGUCAGUCCUGGGAAUGUGGGGUUGCCUCCAAUGUUGAUCGGCGACAGGGUACAGUGGUACCUCGGGCUAAGAACUUAAUUCGUUCUGGAGGUCCGUUCUUAACCUGAAACUGUUCUUCACCUGAAGCAACACUUUAAUUUGGCCUCUCACUGCCGCACGAUUUCUGUUCUCAUCCCGAGGUACAGUGGUACCUCAGGUUACAUACGCUUCAGGUUACAUACGCUUCAGGUUACACACUCCGCUAACCCUGAAAUAGUGCUUCAGGUUAAGAACUUUGCUUCAGGUUGAGAACAGAAAUCGUGCUCCGGUGGUACGGCAGCAGCAGGACGCCCCAUUAGCUAAAGUGGUGCUUCAGGUUAAGAACAGACCUCUGGAACAAAUUAAGUACUUAACCUGAGGUACCACUGUACUGUUUAAGGGUUAGUGGAGUCUGUAACCUGAAGCAUCUGUAACCUGAAGCGUCUGUAACCCGAGGUACUGUACCACUAUUGCCUAUUAAAGCUAAUGAACAUUGCAGAUCCGGGCUGCCUAUAUGUUACCAGGCCAGGUUCAGUGCCCUUGUCUUAAUUUACAAGGCCGUCAGUAAGACAGCAACCUAGGUCCCAUGCAUCUUAAGGAUCUCCUGAUCCCUUCUCUCCCCUUCCUGAUCACUUUUGGGGGGUGUCCUGUGGUUCCCCCACAGCUCUGAUGUAAGGCUUGUAAUGCCUACAAGCCAUGCAUGCAUUCAGUGUUGUGGGCCUAGACCUGUGGAACUCUCCGCCACCAGAUUGUAUUAGAAGACAGGCACCCUCCCUGCUGAACUUCAGACGCACAACAAAUGCUUGUAUUUCCACAGGCGUUUUAAGGUAGCGUCCGGGUUUAAGUUCAGUUUUAUGAUGAAUGUUUUGUCCUCUGCACGGUGCAUAGAAAUGCUCGUGGUUAAGCAGUAAUUAACUACCUUAACAUAAAAUUUAAAACCAAUACUUUUAGCUCCCGUUUCAAUUGGGGGGGGGGGAUGACUGUACUUGUUCUCGGUGCUGACUGAUCCAGAAUAGCUGUUACAUCCCAUUUUCAUAUUUGCAAUUGCUAAUGCCAACUAGGAAUACGUGAAGUUGAACUAUACCGAGUCAGAAAACUGUGUGUUUUAUAUGUACCGAGUCAGACCGUUGCUCCAUCUGCACCAGUGUGGUGUUAUGCAUAGAGUGUUAGACUAGGACCUGGGAGACCAGGGUUCAAAUCCCCACUCAGCCAUGAAGUUCACUUGGUGACCUUGGACUCAGUCACCUUCUCUCAGCCUAACCUACCUCACAGGGUUGUUGUGAGGAUGAAAUGGGGGGGGGGACCACGAACACCACCUUGAGCUCCUUGGGAGAUAAAAGGUAAAGGUAAAGGGACCCUUGACCAUUAGGUCCAGUCGUGGCUGACUCUGGGGUUGCGGCGCUCAUCUCGCUUUAUUGGCCGAGGGAGCCGGUGUACAGCUUCCAGGUCAUGUGGCCAGCAUGACUAAGCCACUUCUGGCAAACCAGAGCAGUGCACAGAAACUCCAUUUACCUUCCCGCCAGAGUGGUACCUAUUUAUCUACUUGCACUGGCGUGCUUUUGAACUGCUAGGUUGGCAGGAGCAGGGACCGAGCAACGGGAGCUCACCCCGUCACGGGGAUUCGAACCGCCGACCUUCUGAUCGGCAAGUCCUAGGCUCUGUGGUUUAGACAACAGCGCCACCCGCGUCCUUCGGAGAUAAAGGUGGUAUAUAAAUGUAAUAAAUAAAUAAAUUCUAGCUUAGUAUUGUCUGCAGUGACUGCCAACAUCUUUCCAGGGUUUCCAACACAAGGUCUCUCCCAGCCCUCUCUGCAGAUUUUACUCACUGAUCUAUAGUUCCUCCCCUCUUGGGUGGACUCUUGGGGUUUGACCCAGACACGCUCUUGCAUUUUUGCUAUGUCCAGGAAAGGCUUCAGGGUACCUUUCCCUAUGCAGAGAAUUAUUAUUACUUGGAAUAUUACUUGGCGGUGGGGUGUGUGUGAGAGAGGAAGAGAGCAUUCCAUCACGUGAAUCGUAGAAUCACAGAAUUGUUGAGUUGGAAGGGAACCCCAGGGUCAUCUAGUCCAACCCACCGCAGUGUGAUUCCUUAAUGUGUGCUGCCUGAAGCAUUGAGGAUUCCAGACUAGGGAUGUUGGGGAAUGCCAGCAAAAACAGAAACUGGUCUAGAAACUGCUGGUGCUUGCUUCUUCCUCCUGUGUUCAGAAGAGAAAUGAGUAGUGUGUGGAAUAUGUAAUGUAAUGGCAACGGAACUUGCAUAUUUUUGCCCCCUCAGACAGCAAGACAAACAAUAUCUGUUUGGGCGGAGGACGAUACGCAGCGAAACGCAAACAGCGCUGCAUGUGAUGGAUUCAGGGUGGCCUGGAAAGUGCUGCCUUCUUAUUUCUCCAGUCCAGACUCAGAUAUAUUUUUUUGCUACCUCAAUGAGAACUGGGCCCCAGACCUACUUUCUGCCCCAUAAUUGUUCUUCUGUUGCUCUCUAUUUAGUAUGGAUAUCUGUGUGGAAGUCUCAACGUGCCAUAGUAACCGGCCUUGGCUCUGCUAUUCAGCCCCAACCAUAUUUGUUUGUAUGCUUGACAAGGGCAAAACCCUUUAGCCGCAGUCCCAGGUUGCGUUGGUACAGAGCCCGGGCUCUGGGCUCUAUUUAUAACUUGGCUUUGGAGCCAACACUGUCCUCCUGCUUUCAGUCUUCUUGCAGAGUUGAGGGUGGAAAAGAAGCACUCUCUGCUGGAAAUUUGUUCUCCAGGAGAACACGGAAGAAAACCCAUCACACCUUGAUUGCAGUCUUCCCUGGCAACGCACGGUUGGCGUCUGGUUUUGCAGAAAAUGAAGGUCUCUGACGGGAACUCCAGGAGAAUUUUGACCGCGGAAAUGCAGCCUGUCAGAUGUUGGUGACGUUAUAUAUAUUUUUUCCAAAGAGAAACCACCCAUGACUAAAGCAGCGAGGUGCUCUGCAUGUGUUCUCCCUGAUUAAAAACUACCUUGGUCCACCUUCUGGGAAAAGAGGAUGUGCCCCUUUGGAAAGCAUUUUGCCAUCCAGACCGUGAAUUUCCAGUGAGCGUCGCUCUGCCCAUAGAUUGUGGCAUUGCCUUUGGAUGUGACGGAAGUCCCGUGCUGGUUUUUAACACGUGCCCCCUGGCAGGGGACCAUGGGGAACGGCCUCUUUGCCAGCUGCUGCCGCUGCAUCGCCAACCUCAUCUUCCAGGUCCGUGUGGAGGGCUCAUCGGACGAGAGAUCCCCUCUCUUGCCUGUGCCAGCUGUCGUAGCUCUAGAGGGUGCCCGGGAAAUCCAAGCCAUGCUGGUCGUCUCCAGAGCAUCUGAGGGGUCUGCACCGUACCCGGAUAUCGUCAUGAGCAGCGUGUCGCACGAAUACCUGCAGAGAGGGGCAGAGCCGUCCAGCGGCUUAGUCGAGGGGAAGAGGGUGGAAGAGCCCACCAAGGCUUGCGUCAGGUGCCUGACACUCGUGGCUCCCGGCUUGCUGCAGCAUGCACCGAGAUCUUGUCUGGUGCAUGCCCUUCCUGCCGACCUUGAGCGAGAAUCAUCGCAGCCUCCAAACUAUUCUUGGCCGCUUGGUCGAGCUUCCAAGGCCCACGAGGUUCUUGGAGGUGUAAGCUUUCAAUCAAACCAGCUGGAAGGCAGUCUGGGCAGUGGAGCAAAUGCCAGGCACGGGACACCAAUUUCUGGGCUGCACCAGUGCCAAGGAACCGUGGCGGCGAGCCAGAACGUGGCUCUGGGGCCCACGCCAGCUGAUACUGGCUUGGCAGCUUGCAGUCGUCAAGUCUCUUCUGCUGCCCUCGAUUCUGGUGGGCCCUCAAGGGGCAGUGUGCCAUCGGAGAAGCCUGCGCUUCAUCCAUCGGGAGAGAAGAGCUCAGUUGUCCUCCAGGCUUCUUCGUAUGAGCCACAGGAAGUUAAAAGCGUGGAAGGAGUUGUGGAUGCUAAAGGGGACGCAGGUAGAGAGUUCGGCCUUGCACCUGAAGGGGAAGCUGGUCCACGAUACAACCAGAGGAGGAGUAAAAGGGCAUUUGUCUUUGGGUGGUUUCUACUACCCGCCUUGGGGUAUAUAUCCUGUUUGCCCUGACUUGGGCCUAGUCAGUAUGUAGCAUCAAGUGAGGCUAGAGCUGGGCGAUAUUGGGUUUUCCACUUUGUGAUCUUUCACCAGCUAAACAUUGCAAUAUAGUGGAACCUUUGUUCCCGGACUUAAUCCAAGGCGCGGCUUCCGAUUGGCUGCAGGAGCUUCCUGCACUCAAGCAGAAGCUGCAUUGGAGGUUUGGCAUCCAAAAAACGUUCGGAAAUUGAAACACUUCCAGGGUUUCGGCGUUCAGGAGCCAAAACUUUCGAGAACCAAGGUACGACUGUAUACUGUUAUGUCGCAGUUUGUGAAAUAAGGAUAGAGCUAUGUAGAGGCAUUGGCUGGCUUCAAGGUUUCCCCCACAUUGUGAUUUUUGCAAAGCACACACACACAGACACACACACAUUGUGAUUCACAAUAUUGCCAGGUCAGAAAUCAUGAAACCCGAUAAUCACGAUCUGGACUUGAAACCGGUUUUGGACACAAGGCUCUGUUUGCGAUUUUAAAGCAGAUAUGUGUGAAGGAAGAGGAAGUUGACAUGGAAGGCAAGGGAGAAAUGGGGGAAUGAUUUCUGACAGAACUCAAAGGCUGCUCCUGACCACAUUAUUCCCCUCUGGACUCAGAGUGGAGUCGCUCUUGACGUAAGCAUUGUGAAACCCAGGUAGUUUUGCAUUAAACUCCACCCCACUGCAAAAAAUAAAAUAAAAAAUAAAAGCCUUCUGGUCCAGUUUUAGGCUUGAAGUGCCAGAAACAAUUGCAACAACACGUGGCAGUCUUUAUUUUUUUUUUAUUUCUCUCUCCCCUAUGUCCCAGUCCCUUUGUGAGUAGAGAACAUGUUUUCUUGAGCAUGGAGAGGUUUAGAGUUCGAUCCCUGGCGCCACCUGUUAAAAGGACCACAGGUAACUCGGCUGGGGAGAGGCAUUGGGCAGCUUCUGCCGGUCAGGCCCCAAAGGCCCAGUGGGUCCAGGCAUCAGAGCAGGACGCCAUGUUUGUUCACUCAUUUUGCAACCCUUUCCAUUGAAGCCUGGAGCAUGUGUGUUUGGGGGCUGCAACGAUUAUGCAGCGUGGUUAGUUUUGGACUAGGACUCGGGGAAACUGGGGUCUGACUGCUCUCUGGGGGACCUUGGACCAACCAUGAGCACGUCAACUUAACCCUACCUCACAGGGUUUUUGUGAGGAGAGGGCGAGUACCAUGCAUGCUGCCUCUUGCUCUUUGGAGGUGAGGUGAGGUAAAAGCGUAGUAAUGGCAGCUGUAGAGGACCCGUCAGCUUUCAAAUUAUUCAACUAUGGUGAAACUAGGGUGUGGUUCGGGUGGACUGUGGCUGCUCUUCACCAGCCCUGGUGGCUUCUAGAUAGUUUGGACCACAACUCCUAUCAGGCUGUGCUGGCUGGGCCUGCUGGGAAACGUAGUCCGGAACAUUUGGAGGGUGCCAGAUUGGGCAAAGACUGGCUUCGGCUCUCUGUGUUUGCGUGUGCUUCUAAAACUUUCCAGUGGAGGAGCAUGUACUUUAUAUAUUGUAAACCUGGAAUUUCCGGUAGAGACACAUAUGCACCAUGUAUGUUGAUUUCCUGCGCAUUCUUUCAGGGAACAGGGGUUAAUGUUUAAUGUAGAAAGGCCAGCCGCAGGUCUUGCUGUGCGGAGUGCCAUUCAAAUGCCUUUUUGACGGUUGCGACGGAGAAGAACGGCUUCCGUAGAAAAGCAGGCCGUGCCUGGAGAUCAAACAUCGAGCCAGAAAGAGGACUUGGAACCUUGACCUCUUGUCGGUGUGGUAGUUUUAAUGUUUUCCUCCUGACGGGGGGGGGGGAGUCAUGUGUUGUUGUUUUUUUAAAAAAAAACAAAACAAGAUUGUGGAAGUGCAGAAGCUGUCUAUUGUGUGUGUCUUUGGUUCAGCUUUUUCACCCAGCAUGUCAUAGAAUUGUAUAGUUGGAAAAGGGCCCUGAGGAUCAUCUAGUCCAACCCCCUGAAAUGCAGGAAUAUGCAGCUGUCCCAUACGGGGAUCGAACCUGCAAUCUUGGUGUUAACAGCACCACACUCUAACCAACUGAGAACGUUCCACCUUGGCAGCCCUGGGCCCAAAGCCUUGGACCCCUUAGGUCCUGUAAUCUGCCUCCUCUUCUACGCUACCAUCAGAAUUAUUAUUGUUGUUGUUGUUGUUGUUGUUGUUGUUGUUGUUGUUGUUCCACCCAUCUGACUGGGUUGCCUCAGCCACUCUGGGCAGCUCCCAACAGAAUAUUAAAAACACAAUAAAACAUCAAAUGUUUAAAAACUUUCCUUCAGGUGUCUUCUAGAAGUCAAAUAGUUGUUCGUUUCCUUGACAUCUGAUGGGAGGGCAUUCCACAGGGCAGGCGCCACCACCGACAAGGCCUUCUGCCUGGUUCCCUAUAACUUCACUUCUUGCAAUGAGGGAACCACCAGAAGACCCUCGGAGCUGGACCUCAGUGUCCGGGCUGAACGAUGGGGGUGGAGACACUCCUUUAGGUAUACUGGGCCGAGGCCGUUUAGGGCUUUAAAGGUCGGCACCAACACUUUGAAUUGGGCUUGGAAAUGUAUUGGGAGUCAAAGUAGAUCCUUUAGGACCAGUGUUACAUCAUGGAAGCGUAGAGUUGCAAUCAAGGGAUCUUUUUCUCCAGUGUGGGGCGUGAAUGCAUGACCCUGAGAUUAAGAGUCUCAUGCUCUACCAACUGAGCUAUCCCAGCUAAUGGUAGAGUCAGUUGAGGAAUUUUGAAUGAGCUUCCAUCCGAGACACAGAAACAUUUUUGCCGAAAUUCUUGGGAGUUGUAUUAGCAGAUGAUGUAGAGAAUCGGCAAUCCAGAAAACCUGUGUCCCUCCGGGUGUUGCCAACUCCCACAAACCCCAAACUCUCCUCUGGGGCAAAGAGAAGUCCCCACAGUCCAGCAACGUUCAGAGGGCCACACUGGGGGUGGGAUGCUUCCGAGAGGGCCGCAUUUGAAAACAGCUUACGGCUAGCAAGCACGCUUGCUGCUGAACUUAAGCAGCGCCAGCCCUCGCACCAGUGUAGCAUCCUCCUGAUCUUCAAGGUUGAAAGACUUGUGUGUCUCUUUGAAACAAAACCCAAAAGAAACUUAACACCUGCGUGGCUGGCACACAGACGGGUUAAUCUCUUAAACACGGAUAAUCCAAUUGGGGAUAUUUCUGUUUAAACACAAGUUCUUAGAGAGACUGCUGUGUCUGACAAGAAGUAGAUGUCUUGAUGGGUGGGUUUUGCAGAGAGCCAGGACUCUGGAAACCUGAGCACAAAGCCUGCUGUGGGAGCAUUGCGUGCAUUUGGGCUAUCAAGUGAUGCCUGCUGUUUUCGCAUAUCGUUCCAGCACUAUAGCCGCGUUCUUCUUCCUGCCCCAUGUGGAACUGCUGGGAAGUGUGCUGGCACUGUGGCUGCGUCAUGAGCGCUGCGGGAAACCCCCUGGCCUUCCAGACGUUGCCGAACUACAACUCCCAUCAGCCCCAGCAAGCGAGCCAGUGGCCAGGGAUGAUGGGAGGUGUAGUUCAACACCUAGCGAGCUGAAGGUUCCCCACACUGCAACAUUUCUGCAAGACUUGCUGCAUGAUCAACUUUUCAAGGUUCAAUACACAGGAUCAGCUGUUGAUUAGAGUGCGGUGCUGAUAACACCAAGGUUGCAGGUUCGGUCCCUGGGUGGGAUGGCUGCAUAUUCCUUGCAUUGCAGUGGGUCGGAUUAGAUGAUCCUUGGGUCCCCUUCCAAUUUCAUGAUUCUGUGACAUUGUCUGCAUGCCACCCAUAGAAGAUCUGCGCGUCUUCUCCCCACCCCCUUGUGAGGCUUGGCAUUCAGAUGCUGAAAUGUUCUUGCAGAGAGAAAAAUUUGAGAACCACUGGCUUGCUGAGAGAGCAGAUACUUUUCUGCAUGCAAUAGUUCCCUUGUUCUGUCCAUGGGGCUUUCAGCUGAAAGACUCUCUCGGAGGAGGAGGAGAGAGAGGGAGAAAGACCAGAAUGGACAAAGUUCAAGCUUUGAGUAAGGCAAUUUCAUGUGUUUAUGCUCACUUGAGCUCACAUUUCUCGCUGUGUGACUGCUAUUCCCCACCACCAUCCACCACCCUUUAGCUCUUACUAAGGAUGGAGAAGAAAUCGGUUCAGUUCACGAUGAAAGGUGAACCUACCUAACUCAUGCUGGCUGAAACAAUUUGUGAAACUAAAGUCACCCUUAGAGAUUCGUGUUCCUAUGAAUUUUUCAAAUCUGCCAGUGUGUACAAAAAUGCAUCUGUUGUGGUACAGUGCACAUGGAAAUGCAUGUACUGCUGAAACCAACACACCCAACUAUUAAUGAAAUCAACACAAAUGCAUUAGUGUUAUGGCUAUCGGGUGGUUGCUCGAGAGCAAUCAGGCAAGAUGCCUCACUGGUCUGUUCUUAAAGCUUUAUUAUUGGUGCUAAAAACCUUUACAAUGCAGAGCACCUCUAUUCCAUGUCUUGCUCAUUCACUAGCAGAAUCUGAGAGUGGGCGGUCCUUAAAUCUUCCCCAGCAGAGUAGUCUCUUGAGCCCCAGCCUACGCCUUCCCUCUCUGCACGAAAGCCUACUGCGCAAGGAAGGCUUGGGUAAAGGGGGACCGCCCUCCUCCCCGCUUUGCUCAGGCAAGGUGUCCUGGCACCGCCUUGCAUCCUCCGAGCCCUGCAUCUCCUCCCCACUAGAGGCGUGGCUUCCUUCCUCCGCUGAGGAAGUGCUGCUUCCCACAAUCUUUUGGGGCUCUCUGUUAUCCAUCCGCCUUUCCCCCCCUCGCCCCUGAGCCGAUGGCAGUUCCCUGACAAUUAGGUUAAGGGAAACGGCUUUGCAGAAAGAUGUACGCAGGCAACAACCUCUGUGUGCGGCGGUUAUGUUCCUGAGCCCUGCAUGCAAUCGCAUAAGCCCAUUCUGCCUCCUCCCUUCUGGCCACUUUCGGGUUGUGGCGAUGCGCGUGUGCAAGGUCACACGUCGAUUGGAUUGCGCGUAAAUUGCUCGCUGCCUGUGUUGGGAUGACUUGGCGCUAAGAUGCUCGUGAAUUUCCAAGGGAACUUUUUUUAAAAGCCACAACCAUAUGUGGGGAACUGAAGAGAAGGUUGGAAGAUUGAGAAACUGAGCAGAGCCGAAAUGGGCAUGCAGAGGGGGUCCCUGUGCCUUGCCCAUUGAACCCUCGGGAUGUGAUAGGAUAGCUGUGGAAAUCGGUUGUGCAAUGGAUUUUUAAGUAUUCCAACCCCUGUGCAGGAAUGCUGUUGUGCAAAAGUUCGCGGUGUUUCCACAUCGUCUGAAACUUCUCUCUGUAGGAAACGGUCCUGGAAUGAAGGAACAUUAUUCAGGGUCUCGAGUUUGUUCAUUUUAAAUUGGGGGGGCUGAGAGAGAUCUCUAGGAAGGAUGUUGCCUUGCAAGCCGUUCUUCUGUCUCUCCUGCUCUUCCCUCUCCCUUCCCAAACUUACAGGACAAAGGUACCCCCUCCUUCAUAUGAUUGCCCUUUGAUCUUGCUGUGUUGCAAUUUCUGGCUUCACGGUGUUUGUCCUUUUUGGCAAGGAGACGGCUGCUGGUCUGCUGUACCACCCUAGAUUGAGCACCGGUGGUUUUUGCCUAAAGGAGUGCCGCAUGCCUUUUCACCCACAUAAAACCCCCCUUCCUUUAUCUUAUUUAUUGAAGAUCUCUGCAUACCCUCUUUCAUCCUAUUUAGGAGUCCAGGGCAGCAAACGACCGAUUGUGUCGCAGUCCGGAUACAAUACAGUCGUACCUUGUUUUUUGAACAACCUAGUUUUCAAAGGUUUUUGCUCCCGAACGAUCAAAACCCGGAAGUGAAUGUUCCGGUUUUCGAACGUUCUUUUGGAAGCCGAACAUCCGGCGGGGCUUCCGAUUGGCUGCAGCGUCUUCCUGAUGUUUACUCAGAAUCUCCUUUCUAGUAACUAAAACAGGAUUUGACUGGCAUCUUUUGCAGAUCUGCUAGGGGGAUGAAUCUGGAACUUCAGCGUCCAAAUCAUUUGUGCUGUCCUCAACCCUUACGCAAAUGAUUAUCCGAGACUAUUCAGAAGUUGAGUCGGCAUUUGCUGAAGGCAGGGACUUCUCGGUGGUAGCCCCAAGUUGCUGUAGAAUGUAAGAGGGCAGAAUUGUGUUGCAACAUGAGUAUAGCCUUUAUGGAUCAGACUUAAAGGCCCAUCUGAUCCAGCAUCCUGAUCUCAGUCGCUAACCAGUUGCCCUAGUAGGAAGGCCCAAAGGUUUUGAUGUUGUGUGUUGGCCUGUCAGUUGCCCUUAGGUGUGUUUUUUGUAAGCUGCAUUAGGAAGCACUGAUACUCACAUUCGCCACAAGCUCCCAAUCUGGUUGCCAGGGAGGAUACGAUUUGAAAAGAAGAAGAAUAGUUGGGCCAUUGAUUGGCAGGACUGUGUGUCUCCCGCGAGCGUCACAUAAAUGCAGAAUUGGCAGCAGGAAAGAAGCAUCCUGAGAACUCUACAAUAUGCAGCAAGUUUCCAGUCCUCAGUGUGCGAAUUAGAACCUCUAGUGGCCAUGGGGGGUGGGCUGUGUAGUACCUCUUUCUUUCUUUCUUUCUUUCUUUCGCCUUACUUGCUUGAAUUUUGCAAAGUUGUGCAAAGUUUAGUUAAGUUGCACGACUUGGGAAUUGAACUCUGCUCCCGUGGCGCUGAAAGGGACGCCGCUUCUCAAAAGGCACGCCUGCUUGCUUAUUUGCACGGCCUCUCUUUCUCUCCGCCUCCCUUCCGCACGCUCUGGUACCUAGCGUGAGAAUAAGUCCUGCCUUCCGACUUUAAACUCCUCAAAGUCUGCAGAGUCCCCUAAGCCUCUGUCUUUGCAAGCUAAGGAACCAUAUGUGUGGUGUUCAGGGGGCAGGGAGGGAAAGAACUGCGGCAGCACAAGACUCUCUGCUCUCCCUCCCUUCCUGCAUGCGCGGGAGGAAGGAAGAUUAUCAAGGUAACAAUCACUUUUCGUGCCAUUGGCAGCUCCUCUGCAGGAGUUUAGAGAUGCCUCAGGGCUCUGCAGCUCUGCCCACGCCCAGCGCCUGGUGAUUUUAGUUAAAUAAGUCUCUUCAAACUUGUACUGUGAAUGAUUCUUACUCUUCAGAAAAAGGGGGGGAGAGAAUUGCAAUCCACUCCCUCCCUGCAUUUUUGCCUCUUUGUUCUUUUAACCAUUCAGUUAAAGCACUCCACACCUCACUCCUACCCCAAAAAAAUAGAAUCCUGGAAAACGUACUGUGUUAAGGGUGCCGGGAGUUGUAGCUUUGUGAUGGGUAAACUAUACUUCCCAGGGUUCUUGUUUUGGGUGCUUUAAAUGUGCCUUUACUGUUUGGUAGGCAAACUAAGGCCCAGGGGCCGGAUCCAGCCCAAUCGCCUUCUAAAUCCGGUCCAUGGACGGUCCGGGAAUCGGCGUGUUUUUACAUGAGUAAAAUGUGUGCUUUUAUUUAAAAUGCAUCUCUGGGUUAUUUGUGGGGCAUAGGAAUUCGUUCAUUUCCCCCCCAAAAAAUAUAGUCUGGCCAAUCACAAGGUCUGAGGGACAGUGGACCGGCCCCCUGCUGAAAACGUUUGCUGACCCCUGGUGUACAGUCCUACUCUGUUGGUUACCUGUGUUUUUCCCCUCUUGGGGCAUGUCCCCUGCCUCAGGCAGAGAAAAGGGCGUUGCUCACUUGGGCAAGGGAAAAAGAGAGAUAAGGUUAAACACGCUUUUCUCGUAGGCACCAGCUUGAAAAGGGGAUGGGGAGGGAGAACCCGAGUGGAAUUUGCAACCGGGCUCCUGGCCUAGUGCAGCUCAGGAGCUGCCUUUUCAGCUUGUGAACCACCAAGGCGUCUGCCGUCACAAUCGAGCCUCGCAGGGCUGGUUCCCUGUGGCAAGUUGGGAUCUCCUGCCGGCGACCCACACCCAGGUGAGCUUUUGUGAAAUGUGGGAAGGCAAGAGACUUGGUUUCAGCUUCUCCCUCCCUCUCCUUGCUGUGCCAGGAUUAGUGCUCUUUUAUAAGCAGUGUGGUUUAGUGGGCAGUGUGUCUGGUACCCAUCGGAUGGAAGGGAGGGAGGCCAACAGUAGGUGGCGCCAGAGCCAACGGCAAGCAGAUUCAACUAAUUCCUGUUUUGUCCCCCAUCCUCCCUGCUGAUUUCUGCAAGGGCAGCACUGAGACUAAGGGCAAGGAGGAGGUUGGCUGUGGGCAGACAGAGGUCAAAUUGUUGUUUGAAUGGUCCUGCCUUGGACAUUUUCAGAACUGGAAAAUACAGCAUUUAAACUCACGAUGAUUCUUUUAUCUGGUGUUUUCAUAAUCGGGUGUUUCUGUUCCAAUAUUUCUGACUGUUGGGAAUCAACUUGAGGCUCCGAUCCCAUGUGGUUCAGGGCAGCGGAAGCUACAGCCGUACCUUGGAAGUCGAACGGAAUCUGUUCCGGAAGUCCGUUCGACUUCCAAAAUGUUCAGAAACCAAAGCGCAGCUUCGAGUUCAAAGAAUGUUCACAAACCAGAACACUCACUUCCGGGUUUGUGCCAUUUGGGAGCCAAGAUACAACUGCAUUACUUUUCCAGAAAACCGAGACCGCUGCCGUAUCAAUGUCUUUUAGGGUCUCCAGCUGGCGAAAACCUAAAUCGGUCUCCCUUUCUUUUUGGCUAGAGCAACCCCCGCCCAGCAUAACCCUGAUGAAUGGCGACGGCUUGCACGAGAACCACAACGAGGAGACCAGGCAGAACGGCCACGAAGAAACAGACCACGCAGACGAUGGGAACGACCAAGAGGUUAUCGUCAUCCAGGACACCGGUUUUACGGUCAAAGUCCAUGCGCCGGCAGUCGAACCUUUCCCCCUGCAAGUGAGUGUCUCUGGAAGUACUUCUGGUCUAAAUCUCCUUGGCUGACCCCCUUCCUCUCCGGAUGUACAAAUUGGGACUCAUUGCUGUUGCUGUUAUUGCCUCAAAUCUGUCUUCCCCCGAUAGGGUAUCCUCUAAAUGAUACUGGGCUACAAUUCCUAUCAUCCCUGACAAUUGUCCACACAGGUCGGAGCUGAUGGGAGCAGAAGUCCAACAACAUCUAGGUCACUGUUUCCCCAAACUCGGGUCUCCAGCUGUUUUUUGUACAGUAGUACCUUGGGUUAAGAACAUAAUUCAUUCCGGAGGUCCAUUCUUAGCCUGAAACUGUUCUUAACCUGAGGCACCACUUUAGCUAAUGGGGCCUGCCACGCCGCCACCGCGCGAUUUCUGUUCUCAUCCUGAAGCAAAGUUCUUAACCCUAGGUACUAUUUCUGGGUUAGCGGAGUCUGUAACCUGAAGUGUCUGUAACCUGAAGCGUCUAUACCCCGAGGAUGCGGGUGGCGCUGUGGGUUAAACCACUGAGCCUAGGACUUGCCAAUCAGGUCAGCGGUUCGAAUCCCCGCAACGGGGUGAGCUCCCAUUGCUCCGUCCCUGCUCCUGCCAACCUAGCAGUUUGAAAGCACAUCAAAGUGCAAGUAGAUAAAUAGGUACCGCUCUGGCGGGAAGGUAAACGGCGUUUCCGUGCGCUGCUCUGGUUUGCCAGAAGCGGCUUAGUCAUGCUGGCCACAUGACCUGGAAGCUGUACGCCGGCUCCCUCAGCCAGUAAAGCGAGAUGAGUGUCACAACCCCAGAAUUGGCCACGACUGGACCUAAUGGUCAGGGGUCCCUUUACCUUUACCUUACCACUGUACUACAGUUCCCACCAUCCCUGACCACUGGUCCUGCUAGCUAAGGAUGAUGGGAGCUGUCGUCCAAAAACAGCUGGAGAUCCAAGUUUUGGGAACCCUGAUUUAUAGGAUACUGCUUUGGGGAAAGCUGCCUUGGAUCCCAAUUGCUUAAGCCCAGAGUGGCUAACCAGGUUUGCCGCCAUUCCAGCGUUUGCGCUGCAUGCCUGUUGCGUGCCACCAAGUGUCCUCAACUUGGUCAAGAGCUCAGGUGAGUGAAAGAGCAAGCAGAUCCCUGAGGGGAGCCCAUCUUCUGGAGCCGGGGGUGGCUAUCCUGAAGGUAGAUCUGGCCCACCAGCCCUUAGUGGUGGCUUAGAAGAGACUUAGGCUUUGAGCCUGGAAAGGGUAAAUAUGCAGGUUUGGUCUUCAUAUGGGACAACUGCAUAUUCCUGCAUUGCAGGGGGUUGGACUAGAUGAUCCUCAGGGUCCCUUCCAACUCUGCAAUUCCAGAUUCUAUGAAACUAAGCUGAAAGCAUCUCAGUUUGGCUGCAUCCAUCUAUUAUGCAGUAGACUGAGGAACGUACUGCCCUAGCUGAAGUUGAACAUAUUUCAUAUUCAGAAUGAAGAAUGGGUAUUAAAUUGUAGUAGCGGUUGUUGUGGUGGUGGUGGUAAUGGUAAUAAUCAUAAUAAUAAUCAUAAUAAUAAUAUAAUAUAUGCAUCAAUUUUGUGUGGGUACCUAUUUGGACAUGUGGAAGGCUCAUGCGAACUUAUAGGUUUAAGAUCCAUACAUUGCUAAUAGUAACUGUUUAAACACAUCUAAUAAUAAUAGUUGUUGUUUUAUUUAUAUCCUGCCCAUCUGGCUGGGUUGCCCCGGCCACUUUGGGCAGCUUCCAACAAGUAUAAAACAUAAUUUAAAGAAGCAAACAGUAAUAUUGACAAUCUGAUCUAAUACAAAAAGUCGCAAUAACUUUAAAAUAAGAACAACUUAUAUCAGAUAAAGCAAUAUUCCAUAAUCCAUUGGAAUAUAAUAGUAAACAGCAAAAUGAAAUAUCAGCAAAUAAUAGUUAAGCCAUUUACACUUACGAGUUACGAUAAAGAAUUGCUAAACUAUAAAUCGAGAGAAUUAACAGCAAGUCACAAUGCAAAAAAUACCGUAAAACAUACAAAACCAUGUGAAAGGAUCAAAUUGAGAAAAAAGGACACACAACUUAGAAUUAUUUUUUUUUUAAAAUGUCACUGAGCUCCUUUUCUCUCUUCCCAGGCUGCCCUUGUGGGCGGGGAGGAGAAUGUCAGUGAAGCAGCCUUUGCAAGGGAAACUGAGGCACGCACAGGGCAGAGGGAGGAAUUGCUUUUCUCUUCAAAAUGCUGCUUCUGCUGGUUCCAAAAUAAGCUUAGAUUAGCCAGUGUCCUGCUUCUGCAGCAGCAGCAGCAGCUUACUAUAAACCACCUCCAAUCUAGGAGCUUAACCUGAUCAGUCUGGGUGGCCUUUGUCCAGUGAUAGCAUUUAUCAGGCAAUUCCUAGCAGGGCUCUAUUUUUAUUUCUAUUUUUUGUGGUGGUGGUGAUGAGAGGAAGAGUCCAUUCCAGCAUCCCUGGGGAACGUGCGGAGGGCUUGAUACGCAGCCUCGUGGCACAUGCAGCCGAAACAUAUUAAAAGCAGGCUGCAGGGCAGGCAAACUGUUUUGUUGUAUGCAGUCUUUUUUUUGUUCCCAGUAGUGAUCCAGGUCCAGGGAACUGGAGUCAAACUGUGCAUUCAGGAGCGUAAAGUAGGAAGGCAGUAUAAGGACCCCCUGCCAUUUGGGGGGUGAUUGUGGGGUUGCUAUGGACUGGUGCAGGGGUCAGCAAACUUUUUCACCAGGGGGCCGGUCCACUGUCCCUCAGACCUUGUGGGGGGCCGGACUAUAUUUUGAAAAAAAUAAUAAUGAACAAAUUCCUAUGCCCCACAAAUAACCCAGAGAUGCAUUUUAAAUAAAAGCACACAUUCUACUCAUGUAAAAACAUGCUGAUUCCUGGACCGUCCGUGGGCCGGAUUUAGAAGGGAUUCGGCCCCAGGCCUUAGUUUGCCUACCCAUGGACUGGUGGGUGGUUUUUGUGUGGGUGGGUGGGUGUAUUUUGCAACAUGCCAUUGACGCAACAGUAGUGCAGUAAUUGGUGGUGGGUUUAUACUGGGCCAUCCACAUAUCAUUCUAGUUUGUCAGUGGUUCUGCAGUGCUCUCGCAGUUUUACAGAGGGGCACUUGGGUGCUGUGGUGCAAGAAAAGUGGGAACCAGAAAACAAAACAAAGUUCUGGGGUAUGUACCAAAUGGGAAUGAAGCGGUGUGCCUGCACCAAAACAUUUGCAGGUACAGAGUGGUAUGGGUAGCAGAUCCUUGCAUAACUGCCUGGUUGCGACCAUAAGCACAAGCCAUCCAGAAUGCACCAUAAAGGGAUGCCUGGAGCAACCCCCUGUCUCAGUGGUUAGAGCCCCUGCUUUGCAUGCAGACGGUCCCAGGUUCUCUGACACCUCCAGGACCAAAACAAAAAACUUCAGUGAUGGGAGCAGGUCUCUGCCUGAAAGCCCCUUGGCAGUGAGAACAAGCAGUGCUGGGCAAGAGGGGGAAAUGAGGCAGGGUCUUCUCACUGCUAGUUCAAAAGCUGUGGAGUUCUCUAAGGAAGGAGAACAAAACUCUUCUUCCCUUUUAACUUUUUAAAUAUUUUAUAAAUGAUCUUCCCCUCCAGGGAAAACCUCCCUAAGCAAAAAAAAAAGUCUUCAGUAGAUGCCUAAACGUCCUGACACUCAACACCUACCUAAUUUCAACUGGGAGCUGAUUCCAGAGGGCUGGAACCACAACACUAAAAGACCGUGUUUGUUUUGUACAAACUAAGUGCACCUUAAUAAGAUGGUUGUUUUUGUUUCAUGUGCGAUGAACCUUUUUGGUAAGCCGGUUUGAGUUGAUACCAUUCUUCCCUUUAUAAAAAAAUAAGUAUAUGUAACCUCUGUGUCCUGGCUUCUCUUUCAAGGUAUCCCCCCAAGAGAUGGUCCAGGAAAUCCACCAGGUGCUGAUGGACCGCGAGGACACCUGUCACCGAACGUGCUUCUCCCUGCAGCUGGACGGCAACGUCCUGGACAACUUUGCCGAGCUGAAAACCAUUGAAGGGUUGCAAGAAGGCUCCGUGUUAAAAGUAGUUGAAGGUAAAACUUGGGAGAACGUUUGCAGCCCCGGAUGCGUGGCAGGAAAGUUCUUAAAACAGGAGGCUACCUAUAAAGUGCAGGUAGGGAGACUGUGGUACCCUAGAUGCUGUUGGAAUAAGACUCACAGCAACUGAUGGCGUGGCCAUUGGACCCCUCUCCGUUAGUAUCCUCACAACAUGAGGCUAUUAUUAUUAAUUAAUUACAUAAUCAAAUUUGUAUUCCACUCUUCAUUCAAAGAUCCCAGGGUGGCUUACAACAUACCCAGAGUCUCUCCAUGCCUUGUUGUUGUUUAGUCGUUUAGUCGUGUCCAACUCUUUGUGACCCCAUGGACCAGAGCAUGCCAGGCACUCCUGUCUUCCACUGCCUACCACAGUUUGGUCAAACUCAUGUUCGUAGCUUUGAAAACACUGUCCAACCAUCUCGUCCUCUGUCGUCCCCUUCUCCUUGUGCCCUCCAUCUUUUCCAACAUCAGGGUCUUUUCCAAGGAGUCUUCUCUUCUCAUGAGGUGGCCAAAGUAUUGGAGCCUCAGCUUCACGAUCUGUCCUUCCAGAGAGCACUCAGGGCUGAUUUCCUUCAGAAUGGAUAGGUUUGAUCCUCUUGCUGUCCAUGGGACUCUCAAGAGUCUCCUCCAGCACCAUAAUUCAAAAGCAUCAAUUCUUCGGUGAUCAGCCUUCUUUAUGGUCCAGCUCUCACUUCCAUACAUCACUACAGGGAAAACCAUAGCUUUAACUAUACGGACUUUUGUUGGCAAGGUGAUGUCUUUGCUUUUUAAGAUGCUGUCUAGGUUUGCCCCGUCAUCCCUACUCUCUCUCAAUUCACGCACCACUGUCCCACACCCAUUUACACACCCACAUGCUCAAAUACGAGCUCCUUUUCACAGACCUAAUAGUGCCCGAUAAGGUUUCAUCAGUUGUAAGGUCCAGCUCACUUUAUCUGGAGGAAAGAAAGCUAAACUGCUAGCUGCUAAGCAUUGCACAGAGACUGGAGGGGAAACUGUGGAUUCUUCGAAAGGUUAUUGCACACAUAUAUAAGUUAAUUAGCAGGGUUAACUUAAACCAAACAGAAUGAAAUUCAAGGAGAAAUCAAGGAUGAACUAAUAACUGGAAUAAUGAAGAAAAUGCAGUGUCAGAAUUUAAAAUAAUAUAAGGGAACCUCAAAAGGGAGGAAGUCGAACUAUUCCUGUUAAUUGUAACGUUGGAUUUGUAUUGUUAAAAUAUAUUUAAACUGAAAAAAUAUAUUUUUUUAAAAAAGCUAAGCACUGCACAGCCAUGCAACAGACCUUGAUCCAGCCAUUUGCACACACUGAGCUGUUCCUCCUUAGGCAACCUGCUUGGCUACUACGCUGGGCAGGGAGAAAUGUGGAAAUGCAGCAGAGAUAGCCAAGGACUGAAUACACUACGAGCCAGAUUUGGCCCAGUGCCUCAUAGUUGCCCACCCCUGAUAUAAAGACGGUUCCUUCAAGCACUGCCUUGUACCUCCCUUGGCCCAUCUGUGGAAUACUCAUUCAUGGAAAAGGAGCCAGGAUUAGCUGUGAAGUCACUGCCCACAGAGGAGAAAUCCUAAAAAGGAAGCCUACUUAAAAGCCUCUUUUCAAACAUAAUAUUUUUCUCCUAAGUGCAUACCUAGGACAGAAUGGUUACAGACAGUCACAGGCCCCCAAGGUCACCCAGGGUAGCUUGAAGACUGGGGGAGGUCUUGAACCCGGGUCCUACCCAACGCUAUUCAACCAGCAAAAGUUCCAGCCAUAAGUAAGAAACCCAUGGCCAUUGGUUCUUCUGGCUGGGGCUCAUGAGGGCUGGAACAGAACAUCAUUUGGAGGUUGGGGGGGCGGCUUGAGUUUAACAUUGCUGGACUAGGGCUGUAGAAACCUGCCUUCACGACCCCCCAUGUUGCCAUCAAGCUCACCGGGUCAGCCAAGCAUUCCUCGGGUUCUUCAGAAAGUGCAGCCCCCAGAACUGGACACGGGACUCCGUAUGAAACCCGGUAUGCUCCUCAAUCCUUUUCUUUCUCUUUCCCCUGCCCCGUCUCCUUCUCUCCUUGCAACCCCCAAACCUUCCCAGAACCCUACACAGUCCGAGAAGCUAGAAUACACGUCCGCCACAUCCGAGACCUCCUGAAGAGCCUCGACCCCUCGGACGCUUUCAACGGCGUCGACUGCAACUCCCUGUCGUUCCUCACCGUCUUCACCGAAGGGGACCUUGGAGGUAUGCGAGAGAAAGAGGGGUCGUGGUUUCCUUGUUGCUUCUGUUUCGGGAGGCGAUGCUUUGCUUUGUGCUCCCGUGGCCUGUUAAGCAAGGUCAGGGUUUCUCGAUCGUGGGUCUCCAGCUGUUUUUGGACUACAAGUCCCAUCAUCCCUGACCACUGAUCCUGCUAGCUAGGGAUGAUGGGAUUUGUAGUCCAAAUCCCAGGAGACCCACAAUUGAGAAACUCUGUCUUAGACCAAGGGGGGUAUGUGUUAGGAUUUGAUUAGAUGCUAGGAGAAUAUGCAUUUAUUAGAUAUUAUGCUUCCUUCCUCACUUUAGUGAGUUCAGCAGAGUUCCAUCCCUUUGCAGCUUAAAGGCAAGUUUGGAUAGGCUAAUUUUAGCCUUUUGGAAUACAGUGGUAGCUCGGGUUAAGUACUUAAUUCGUUCUGGAGGUCCGUUCUUAACCUGAAACUCUUCUUAACCUGAAGCACCACUUUAGCUAAUGGGGCCUCCCGCUGCUGCUGCGCUGCUGGAGCAUGAUCCCCAGCUAGCAGGACCAGUGGUCAGAGAUGAUGGGAACUGUAGUCUCAAAACAUCUGGAGGCCCAAAUCUGAGGAAGCCUCUCUUAGGAGUAAGCAUGGGUGUUUUAAUUCAGGGUCCCGAGAAUGAGCUUGUGUCAUGAAGCAAGUUGGUCUUCCUCUAGAAGAGCCACCACCACCAUGUGCCCUUGUAUGGUUUGGAAUCCAGACUAGGAGAAGGGUUCAGCCAAGUCAUUGUUCUGGAAUGGCCAAAGAAUAAAGGAAGGGAGACACAGGAAAGGCAGCAGUUUUGAACUGAAGACGUAGGCCAGGCAUAGGCAAACUCGGCCCUCCAGAUGUUUUGGGACUACAACUCCCAUCAUCCCUGACCACUGGUCCUGUUAGCUAGGGAUGAUGGGAGUUGUAGUCCCCAAACAUCCGGAGGGCUGAGUUUGCCUGUGCUGCUCUAGACCUCGUGGUCCUUUCUCCCCACACCCAGACCCAGUGCAAAAAAGGUGACAAUUUUGCUUCUCCCCUUUUGCAAAGGUUGCCUCUUGAUCAUGCUGACUGCUCUCCUGUUCCCCUGUGUUUUGUUCCAGACAGCGGCAAGAGGAAGAAGAAGGGCGCAGAAUUGGAGCAGAUUGACUGUACCCCCCCUGAACAUAUCCUGCCUGGGAGUAAAGAGCGCCCCCUCUGCCCCCUUCAGCCUCAGAACAGAGACUGGAAGGUAAGAGUCCUAAGAACUGAGCAGGGGGAAGCACCAGGCUUGCCCCAUCUGGGUCAGCGCCUUCCGAAAGGCAGGACACCACCUGCCUGCCCCCUCAUGCCCCCCCCCCCCAGGUGAUCGUAGCUCGGUGGCAGAGUGUCUGCUUGGUCCCAGGUUCUUGGUCCCAGCUAGAAGGACUCCCUGGCUGAAACCCUGGGGAGUUGUGGCCCGUUUCAGUGUCUCAUAGGAAGGGGACCCUGGGAGUCAUCUAGUCCAACCCCCUGACUGAAUCAUUGCCAAUGGCACCUGAUUGGCUCUCUAAACACUCGUGCUCAUUGGCUACAUUCAAAUCAAGGAAAGCUGCUGCGUAUCAAGCUGAGCAAUUGUGCUUCUCUUUUCUGGUUAUUUGGCUAUAACCUUUGAUAGAAUACAGAUAAUUGAACAAACUUCGUUGCAUUAGAUUCUUCAUUGAAUUAUCUUUCCAUUGAUACAUAAUUUUAUGGUAUUACUUCCGAAAGAAGUGGUGUUAUGAGCCAUCACACCUCAGAAAUAGGACUUUUCCCCAAAAAAUUUCCACAAUUUUGGCCACUAGUGUAUAUAACAGUACAGUGGUACCUUGUUUUGCGACCAGGAUCCGUUCCGGAGCCCCGGACGCUAGACGACCAAGCACUGCUCUGCACACGCACAUGGAGCGGUUUGCGCUUCUGCGCAUGCACGAAGUGCAAUUUAGUGCUUCGGCGCAUGCGCGAGCGGCAAACCCGGAAGUAACCCGUUCCGGUACUUCUGGGUUUGCCACGGACGCUCGACGAGUCGGACUCAAAACGAGGUACCACUGUAAUUCAAAACUAGUGUGCUGGGAGACAGAUGUUCUAGGGUCACCUGCUCCCUGAGAAGCUAGCUUUCCACACGCAAACACCUCUUUCUUUUCCCACUCCAUCCCUCUCUCCCCCCAAAGCCUCUACAGUGCCUAAAAGUAUUGACCAUGAGUGGCUGGAAUCCUCCUCCCGGCAACCGCAAGAUGCACGGAGACCUCAUGUACCUGUAUGUCAUCACGAUGGAAGAUCGCCAUGUGAGCAUCACGGCCUCCACCCGUGGCUUUUACCUCAAUCAGUAAGUGGCUAGGCGGGCUUGAUUUUAAAACAAACAAACUAAAAAAACACACCAUUUAUCUAUUUGUAAAACAUAUCAGGUACAUAUAAAAUCAGGCGUCAGUUAUGCCAUGACUGCAGCCAGGAUUAUUUAUGCUCAGAAACAGAAAGAAGAUUUUUAGUACCAACCAAGGAGUGGCGGCAGACUAAACUAACGGCUGAUGCCGGAAUGGCAAAACAUACAGGAGCAAUAAAGGAACCAAGAGGAAAGAAAACUUUCUCACAGACUGGGGGGGAAUUGUGGAUUAUUUGAAAUGUUGUUGUACACUUAAAAGUUCAUUGGCAGGAUUAACUUAAACCAGUUAAAAUUAAUGCUAAAGGAAGACUAGUGAGUAAUUAAUAAUUGGAGCAAUGAAGGGAAUGCAGUACAGUGGUACCUCGGGUUACAGACGCUUCAGGUUACAGACUCCGCUAACCCAGAAAUAUUACCUCGGGUUAAGAACUUUGCUUCAGGAUGAGAACAGAAAUCGUGCUCCGGCAGCAGCGGGAGGCCCCAUCAGCUAAAGUGGUACCUCAGGUUAAGAACAGUUUCAGGUUAAGAACGGGCCUCCAGAACGAAUUAAGUACUUAACCCGAAGUACCACUGUAUUACAAAUUUAAAAAUACAAGAAACCGCAAAAAGGAGUAGGGGAGUCAGAAUGUACAUAUUUGCUGCAAAAUGUUGGAUUGGAUUUUUUGCCAAAAUAUUUUUGGAAAACUGAAAAAUUAUAUAAAUAAAAUAGGGUCAGGACCCAGAAUUGGGUGUGUGGGAACCAUACGAAACCAUAGAACACAGAAUCGUCAAGAUGUAAAAUUACUAUAAGGGGACAUCAACUAAAAAAGGCAGCAGACGAAGGCAGCAGUUAGUUAGUAGAGUCCAGCAUCCUGUUCUCACAGUGGCCGACCAGAUGCCCCAAGAAGGAAACCUGCAUGCAGGAUUUAAUCCCAAGAGCCUUCUCUCCUCUUGCGGUUUCCGGCAACGGGCAUUCAGAAGCAUUGCUGCCUCCCACUGUGGAAGCAGAGCAGAGCCAUCAUGGCUGGUAGAUUCCUCCGUGAAUCUGUCUCCUCCUCUUCUAAAGCCAUCCAAGAUGGCGGCCAUCACUGCCUCAUGUGGCCGUGAGUUCUGUAGUUUAACUCUGUGCUGCGUCAAGAAGGACUUCCUUUUAUCAACUUCAUUGGAUGCCCGUAAGUUCUGGUGCUAUGACAGAGGGAGGAGAAACUGCAGUCAAAACAUUGCAAGCAUAAAUGUAUCACCUCCAGGAUCUGCAUCAUCCUGAAUCGCCAGCCGACAAUUAAUAAUAAUAAUAAUAAUAAUAAUAAUUUCAUUUGUACCUCACCCAUCUGACUGGGUUGCCCCAGCCACUCUGGGCGGCUUCCAACGUAUAUAAACACAUAACAAAACCUUAAACCUUAAAAAGCUUCCUUAUACAGGGCUGCCUUCAGGUGUCUUCUAAAACUCAUAGUUACUCAUCUCCUUGGUAUACAAUGGAAUUGCGUUCCACAGGGUGGGUGCCGCUACCUAGAAGGCCCAGUUAUGUUUCCUGCUGACCCCUCCUCCUUCCCUGAGGUGGGGAACGGGGCAGGCUGUUCCCUGCGCUUUCAUUGACCGAAAUAUUCUUCCUGUGGCUUCUCUUUACAGGUCCACGGCCUACAACUUCAGCCCUAAGCCUGCCAACCCCAGUUUCCUCAGCCAUUCCCUGGUCGAGCUUCUGAACCAGAUCAGCCCAGCUUUCAAAAGAAACUUUGCUUCUCUGCAGAAGAAACGGUAACCUUUCUCUCUCUCUCCCCACCCCAACUCCACCCCAAGCUCUUGUUCAAAACAAACUUUAUCUCAAACUUAGGUCUCUAGCUGGUGUGUUGUUGUUGUUCUUUGGGUUUUUUUUUUGUUUUUGGACUACAACUCCCAUCAUCCAUAGCUAGCAGGAUCAGUUGUCAGGGAUGAUGGGAUUUGUAGUUCCCCCAAAAAAACCUGGCGACCCAAGUUUGGGAAACCCUGGUCUAGAACGAUGACAUUUUAUUGGUUUGGUUUGUUCUAAUUAUGUACUUUGUGGUUUUAUUCUGCAAACCUCCCUGAGAUCUUCAGAUGAAGGGCAAUAUACAAAUUUAAUAAAUGAAAUAAAAUCAAUCUUGUUUCCUGCUGCUCCAAAUACAAACCUCAGAUUUCUAGACUUUUAAGAUGGUUGGAAAGAUGAGCUUGAAAAUGUGGAGGGUGCCAAGGUCCAUCUAGCACAGUCAUAGAAUUGUAGAGUUGGAAGAGACCCCAGGGGUCAUCUAGUCCAACCCCCUCCCAUCGCUCAGUGGGUAGAGCAUCUCCUUUGCAUGUGAAGGGACCCAGGUUCAGUCCCCAGCAUCUGCAGGUAGGACUUGGGACAGUCUUCUUGUCCGGAACCCUGAAGAGCUACUGUAUGCCAGUGUAGACAGCCUUGAGCUAGGUGGACCCAGUGGCCUAACUUGGCUUAAAGCACCUGCCUACAUUUAAUUUUGGGACGCAGGUGGCUCUGUGGGUUAAACCACAGAGAUAAAUAGGUACCGCUCCGGCGGGAAGGUAAACGGCGUUUCCGUGCGCCGCUCUGGUUUGCCAGAAGCGGCUUAGUCAUGCUGGCCACAUGACCCAGAAGCUGUACGCCAGCUCCCUCGGCCAAUAAAGCUCCCUCGGCCACGACUCUGGGGACUGAACCUUAUAAAUGGGCAGAUAAGGUGUAGCAAAAGUACAGGGAGGGUUUCUGGUUUUCCACCCCCAUCGCAUCGAAUGACGAGAGAUGCAUUAAAGGCAGUUAAAACCAGGCAACGUACAGAAAGCAGUGACUUAAAUCAGAAAACAGGAGAGGGAGCAGUUUAGAUGAAGACGCUUGACUGGAAAGAGGAGAAGAUGGUCUUUGCUCCAAAGCUUGGGCCCUAAGACUCUUCAUUUGAAUUUGAUGGGUCUCGUGGUCUUCAGUGGGGUGGCAAAAAGAUAGGGGAGUUUUGCAGGAGAACGGAGUGCAACAACUUCUGCGCAUUGUUUGACUCCAACCCUCCAGGGUCCAGAGACACCCGUUGGAGAGGAUAUCCACCCCUUUCCAAGUCUACAGCUGGACGGCCCCUCUGGCUGAGCACGCCAUGGACUGUGUGAGGGCGGAAGAUGCUUACACCUCAAGGCUGGGCUAUGAAGAGCACAUCCCAGGACAGGUAGAGAUGGCUUGGGGGCGGGGGGCUGCUCUUCGCCUUGGCUCUCGGCUGAAACUUGCCCUUGGGGUCUCUCUGCAGUCUGUGCAUUCCUCAAGGACCACCUCUCUCCCUAUGAAACGACCCAGACCCUGAGAUCAUCAUCUGAGGCCCAUCUUUGUGUGUCUCCUCUUCGAGAGGCCCAGAGGGUGGCAACACAAGAAUGGGGCCUUCUCUGCAGUGGCUCCCCACUUCUGGAAUGCCCUCCCCAGGGAGGCUCGCCUGGUGCCUAAAAUUAUAUAUUUUUAGGCGCCAGGCGGAAACGUUCCUCUUCAACCAGCCCUUUGGCUUAUUCAUACCCUACGGCCUUUUAAAUGCUUCUGUGAGAAGGGGGUGUUCUUCUUUUGGUUAAUUAUUUACCUGUGUUUUAUUUUGUAUUUUAUACUGUCAACUGCACUGAGAUCUUUUGAUGAAGGGUGGUAUAUAAAUUUAAUGAAUAAUAAUGAUAAUAAUAGUAAUAAUUUGACACGUUAACCAUUAUACCACCCUUGGCUGUCUUACUUCUUUUAAAAAAAUUAAACCUUGAAAGAACAAAGAAGAAAUAUCAAGCUUUUUUUAACAUAACAAUUAGAGAAAAGAAAAGGAGAAAAACUUCAGAUUUUUACUUUUUGAUAUCUAGCACACACUUGCCAUGCCUGGGGGCGGUGGUGGGGGAAUGUUUCCCUUCAGCAUCCAUUUCUAGUCCUCUUGAGGGCAGAGGAAGCGUAAAGUUAAGAUAAUUAAAUCUGAACUGGUCCUGUGUGCAUCUAUUAUUACUAUUACUAUUAUUAUUAUUAUUAUUAAUAUUAUUAUUAUUAUUAUUAUUUGUUUUCCAUUUUAUAAAUCGCUUCACAGCCAAUAACUACCAAACCAGUGCAUAAUAAAGUAAGAUAAAAUUCAAAAGAUUACCAAAUUAAUAAACUAAAAGCAAUACAACAGUUUCUGCAACCAUGCAGUUAAUACUCCAUUAAGUGCCCGGGUCACAUUUCAGGAAAAGCCUUCUUAAACAAUUUGUUCAGUAGCCACCUAAAUAGCAAGACAUCAGGCCCUUGUCUAACUUGAGCUGGUAACUGUUUCCAGGGGUCAGAAGCUGUAGCACUAAAAGCCCAAUUUCUAGUACAUACUGAGCACCUCUUUGGGGCAUGUGGUGGUACUCGGCAGCAGAGCGGUUGCUGGGCAAAGAUAUAUGGGGCCUCUUAGUCCCCUUUUCAUCUGAUCUAGAGAGGGCAACAUCCCUGAAAGUUUUGCAUCCCUCUCUCUUUCCCAGGCUAAAGCUGUGAUUUCAUGUGAUGUCUGUUAUCUCUUCUUCCUUUCAGACCAGAGAUUGGAACGAAGAGUUGCAAACAACCAGGGAACUGCCACGCAAAAAUCUGCCAGAGAGGCUGCUGAGGGAACGCGCAAUCUUUAAGGUAACCUUGAGCGCUGCAGAGAGGCAGCCCAGAGAGGACUAGCAAGGUUCUAGUCCACAUUAUGCAGCCAAGCCAUGAGCACAGCUUCAGUUUUCAGUUUGCUGCUCAGUAAUUGGAAAAGGGAGUUUGGAACAGGGUGGCCUGUGAUGUAUGAAUGAAGGAGGAAUGGGUGGGUAACAAAUUAAACUGAUAAGGAUUUGUUCAGAGUUGCCCAGGAGGUGUGUUGGGGAAGACACACAGCACAGCUGCAAACCUCCUCAAAACAUAAUUUCAUUCACUCAUUCUGUUCCUCUGCCACUUUUUACUCACACAAACCACAAAGUGGCUUACAUGACAAUAGCACAAUAGGUAAAGGUAAAGGGACGCCUGACCGUUAGGUCCAGUCGUGGCCGACUCUGGGGUUGCAGCACUCAUCUCGCUUUAUUGGCCGAGGGAGCCGGCGUACAGCUUCUGGGUCAUGUGGCCAGCAUGACUAAGUCGCUUCUGGCGAACCAUAGCAGCGCACGGAAAUGCCGUUUACCUUCCCGCCAGAGCGGUACCUAUUUAUCUACUUGCACUUUGACGUGCUUUUGAACUGCUAGGUUGGCAGGAGCAGGGACUGAGCAACGGGAGCUCACCCUGUCACAGGGAUUCGAACCGCCGACCUUCUGAUCGGCAAGUCCUAGGCUCUGUGGUUUAACCCACAGUGCCACCUGCGUCCCAAAUUCAACAUAAAUCAUGUAAAUUAACUCACAAGUCAUCAGUUGGCACAAAUUAAAAAUCAUCAGUAAAACACUAUUAACAAAACAACUUUAAAAAGUAUGGGCAAAACAGCACAACCACAAGAAAAGUCAUGAAAUUCAGAAAGCCGUAUGAACGUUGGCAAACUAACAACCCAAAAGAAACAAAGCACUGUGGGAUUCUCUCUCCCUCUUGCCACCCCCAUGACUCUUAGUCUUCCACUCAGUGCAUCUGAAGACUCCGUUUCUACUGCCUUAUAAAGAAAGUUCAGCCAAGAAUAAUCCUGUCUGCUGGUGAGAAUGAGUGAUAACAGAGCAGGCUGGGAACGCAUUCCCAUGCCUGGAUUAUGCUUAUUUAAAGGUAAAAGGUAAAGGAGCCCUGGACAGUUAAGUCCAGUCAAAGGUGACUAUGGGGUUGCAGCACUCAUCUCACUUUUAGGCCAAGGGAGCCGGCGUUUGUCCGCAGACAGCUUUCCAGGUCAUGUGGCCAGCAUGACUAAACUACUUCUGGCACAACGGAACACUGUGACAGAAACCAGAGCGCAGGGAAACAGUGUUUACCUUGCCGGCGGAGCGGUACCUAUUUAUCUACUUGCACUGGUGUGCUUUCGAACUGCUAGGUUGGCAGGAGCUGGGACAGAACAAGAGGAGCUCACCCCGUCGCAGGGAUUCGAAUCGCCAACCUUCUGAUCGGCAAGCCCAAGAGGCUCAGUGGUUUUAGACCACAGUGCCACCCACGUCCGUCUUAUGCUUAUUUAGGACCUACAAAGUCCUAUGGAUCUUGGGCCUUGGCUCUCUGAAGGACCACGUAUAAGCCUGCCUUGGUUUGGAGAUUGCCUGGAGAGGCCCUUCCCACAGUCCUGCCACCUUCACGAGAAAAGCCCUUCUUGGUAGCUGCUCCCAGAUAGUUGGAACUCCCUUCCACAGGAGACCAGGCUGGUCCCUCCUUGCUUUCCUUUCAUCAGCAGGCAAAUGCAUUUUCGUUCCAGCAGACAUUUGGCCACCAGCUGGCUGUUGUGGCAGGAUCUUCUGAGAGCGGGUGCUAUCGUGUUUGUGUGUGUGCACUUCUAAAUGAUUUUAAGGGUUUUCCUGUGCUGUUUUUAAGUGGGCUGCUUACUCAAUUUAAUAUAUGUGUGUGUGUAUGCUCUUGUAUACGUUGUAAUUUAUGCUCUGAGCCACUUUAGGUUCUGGACUGGGAGAGAAGUGGGAUAUAAAUAAAAUAGCUAAAUUCUUUUCAGUGAGCCCGCUCUGAGUAGGACUAGCAUUGGCUGCAGCUUAUUUGAUUUUUUAAAAAAAGGUUUAUUGUGUGUUUUGAGUGGUGUUUUGGGUUUAAAUUAUGCCAUUGAGGUGCUUCCCAAACAGGUCUGAUGUCAUGGAUUGGUUGGACGUGGAGGAAUGGUGGGAGGAACUAGCUGGGGAAGCCGCAGGGGAAGAGGGCUCAGAGCCCAGGGGAUUGGUGGUGGGACAACGACUCCAGAAGUCCGGAAGCAGGAGAGGAGGGAGGUCAAGAGUCAGAGAUGAGUCAGACUGGUGAAAAAGUCAGGGUGUCGCCACCUCCUACUGCAACGAGCUCCCCUCCCACCUUUCCCUCCUGGUCUCCCGGGACCAGGAGAGGCAUGAAGAGGGCGGAGAAGUUAGCUUCAUGCAGGCGUAGUCUCGGAUUGCGUGGGGAAGACCCUAGAGAGGAGGAGACUUAGGCAGGUGUGAGGACCUUCAGUCUCAGCGACUGCUUUGUAAAGCAAGGCCUGCCAGAGAUGAGUUGCUGUGCUCAUUAGGCUUGACUCUCCCGUGCAGAUUCUGUUAUGAUUUACUAAUGUACAGUCGUACCUUGGAAGUCGAAUGGAACCCGUUCCAGAAGGCCGUUCAACUUCCAAAACGUUCGAAAACCAAAUCUCAGCUUCUGAUUGGCUGCAGGAAGCUUCGAUGUUCGCGUUCUGAAAGAACGUUUGCAAACCGGAACAAUCGCUUCUGGGUUUGCGGCAUUCGGGAGCCAAAAUAUCUGAGUUCUAGGGUGUUUGGGAUCCAAGGUACGGCUGUAGCUGUAUAUAUUUAUUAAUUUUAUUAUUAUUUAAAUAUUUUUUAAAUUUUAUUUUCAAUGCAAAAUUACAACAAAAAUUACAAACAUUGAAUCCAAAAUAAAACUAUACAAACAAGAAAGACAAAACACAAAAAAGAAAAAGAAAAAACACACACACACAUCUACAAAUAAAACCAUAUGUAUAUGUAUGUAAUGACUAGAUUAGAAUGAAGAUAUAGCUGUAUAUAUAUUAAUUUUGGUCAAUUACCAGUAGAGAAAACAAGAAUAAAACGGAGCACAUAAAACACAAUGCAAUACUUAAAGCAUACUAUUAAAUGUAGAGUUAAAAACAAUGUUGGGUAUUAAAGAAACCAAUGAGAAAUAGAAAAUAAUUAUAUUAACAUUAUAUUUACUGAUGGCUCGCUCCUGUCCACUGCUUCUCUGAGGCCGGCGAGCGCCAUCUCUCCUUGCGGCCGACCAUCUCCCAUGACUUUGCCUCUCUGCCUCGCAGGUCCACAGCGACUUCACUGCCGCGGCGACGAGAGGCGCGAUGGCGGUCAUUGACGGCAACGUGAUGGCCAUCAACCCCAGCGAGGAGACCAAGAUGCAGAUGUUCAUCUGGAACAACAUCUUCUUUAGCCUGGGUUUCGACGUCCGCGACCACUACAAAGACUUUGGCGGGGACGUGGCCGCCUAUGUGGCCCCCACCAACGACCUCAACGGGGUCCGGACGUACAAUGCGGUGGACGUGGAAGGGCUCUACACCCUGGGCACGGUGGUGGUGGACUACCGGGGCUACCGGGUGACUGCCCAGUCCAUCAUCCCCGGCAUCCUGGAGCGGGAGCAGGAGCAGAGCGUCAUCUACGGCUCCAUCGACUUUGGCAAGACGGUGGUCUCUCACCCCAAGUACCUGGAGCUGCUGGAGAAGACCAGCCGGCCCCUGAAGAUCCAGAAGCACGCGGUCCUGAACGACAAGGGCGAGGAGGUGGAGCUCUGCUCAUCCGUGGAGUGCAAGGGGAUCAUCGGCAACGAUGGGCGCCACUACAUCCUCGACCUGCUCCGCACCUUCCCUCCCGACCUGAACUUCCUGCCCGUCGACGGGGAGGAGAUGCCCGAGGAAUGCCAGAAAAUGGGCUUCCCCAAACAGCACCGCCACAAGCUCUGCUGCCUGCGGCAAGAGCUGGUGGACGCCUUCGUCGAGCACAGGUAACCCUCGCCACUGCCCAGAAUUCAGAGAAUUCAUAGAGUGGGAAAGGAUCCUGAGGAUCAUCUAGUCCAACCCCCCUCCCAGCAAAGCCGGGCUCGAACCUGCAACCUUGGUGUGAUCAGCGUACGCUCUCACCAACUAAGCUAUUCAGACUUUUUGCGUCGCUGCGCUAGGUUUCUGUUGGGGGGGGUGUAGUAAAUGACCUCAUCAGCCCAAGGGCCGCAUUCCUUCUUGGGCAACCUUCCAGGGGCCACAUGUCAAUAGGGGCGGGGCCAGAGGCAGAUGUGGGCGGAGCAAUGGAGUUGAUUUUUGGCUUAGUACAAGAAGUUGCGUUUCAACCAUGCAAGGGCUAUGAGAGUUCAGCCAGGGAAAAGCAAUCGAGUUUGAUCUGAAGCAGGCUGGGGAGGGGUGUAAGUUGAGGAGAGUGGGAGCCCCAAGGUAUUAGUAUUACUAUUACUACUACUACUACUACUACUACUAUUACCCCACUCAUCUGACUGGGUUGCCCCAGCCACUCUGGGCAGCUUCCAACAUAAUAAAAGCGCAGCAAACGUCAAACGUUAAAACCUUCCCAAUGCAGGGCUGCCUUCAAAUGUCUUUGGAAAGUUUUGUGUUUAUCUCCUUGGCAUAUAAUUGGAGGGUACUCCACAGGGCGGGUGCCACCACCGAGAAGGCCUGUAACUUGAUAUCUCGCAGUGAGGGAACUGCCAGAAGGCCUUCGGUGCCGGACCUUAGUGUCCGGCCCGAAUGGUGGGGGUGGAGACGCUCCUUCAGGUAUACUGGACCGAGGCCGUUUAGGACUUUAAAGCUCAGCACCAACACUUUUAAUUGUGCUCGGAAACGUAUCAACUGCCAUGCUUAUGAUACGAGGUGUCUGCUGAAAUCGUCUGUGGAGCAGACACAGAAUUGCGCGUGAAAAAUUUUUCAGCGCCUUCAAUUGUUUUCUUAAGUGUUCUAUUAUAGAAGGGGAGGCUGUGCAGUUAAGAUACCUUUCAGUAUUGUCGAGUAAAGUUUUGAGUUUGAAUAUUACAUAUCGAACAUACUUCAUUUUCUAGCAUCCACCCGCUGAGUAAACCAAAUUUUAGUCCAUCGGCAGUUGAGCAGCGGGGGAAUCUUUUCAGGUAUUUUUUGCAGCGUGAAAAAUUAACAACGGCAGAUACUUGGGCCCAAACAUGCCCAGUCCAACCUCCAUUGGUUUUAGAGCUGCAUAAUGUUUUGUUGGGACAGGGGUGGCGCUGUGGGUUAAACCACAGAGCCUAGGACUUACCGAUCAGAAGGUUGGCGGUUCGAAUCCGCACGACGGGGUGAGCUCCUGUUGCCCAGUCCCUGCUCCUGCAACCUAGCAGUUCGAAAGCACGCCAAAGUGCAAGUAGAUAAAUAGGUACCACUCUGGCGGGAAGGUAAAUGGCAUUUCCUUGUGCUGCUCUGGUUCGCCAGAAGCGGCUUAGUCAUGCUGGCCACAUGACCCGGAAGCUGUAUGCCGGCUCCCUUGGCCAAUAAAGCGAGAUGAGCGCCGCAACCCCAGAGUCGGCCACGACUGGACCUAAUGGUCAGGGGCCCCUUUACCUUUUUAAUGUUUUGUUGUAAGUUUCCAAGGGCAUUUUCCAACUCGACUGUGGCUCCCAAAUUCCUACAUCCUCACAAACAGAGACCCCAAGUUUCUAGCCCUCGUGAUGGAAGCUUUGAGGGCUGUGUGUAGCCGUUGCUCCAAACCAACAAGGGAGCCACUGUGAUACAGUGCCAGACUAGGACCUGGGAAACUAGGGUUCAAGUUCCCACUUGACCAUGAAGCUCACUAGGUGACCUUAGAGGGGCCAGUGGCUGCUUCUCAGCCUUGCCUAUUUUGCAGGGUGGUUGUGAGGAUACAGUGAGGGAGGGGGGAGACCCCGCACCCCACCUUAAACCUCAUGGAGAAAAGCUUGUGCUGGAAAUAUGUGUGUUCUUGCAACCCCUUUUGCGUUGGGCUGCUUCAUCCCGUCUCUCUUCCUCCCUCUCCUCGAUAGGUAUCUCAUGUUCAUGAAAUUGGCAGCGCUGCAGCUGAUGCAGCAGAAGGCGAUCAAGCAAGAGACCCCCUCCCCUCUGGAGAAUGGCGGGAGCCCCACCUCCUCCUCCUCCUUUCCUGAGAACGGGGUGGAGGAUGGCGAGGAGAAGCCCCCCUCGGAGGACAGCAAGAUGGAGGACAGCGUCGCAGGGCUGGACCAGGUGAAAGAGCUCACGGAGACGAUUGCGUCGGACGAUGGAGCAGGUAACUUGGCGCUCUCUCCCACUGGGAACACUGCUGCCACCCCAAAAAAGAGGGAGACCCCCCCCUUUCCUGUGCAUGAAGAAGCCCUUCCAUUCAUAAGAAUGGGGUUUUUAUGCUGGAUCUGAGGUAGACUGUGUCUGAACCCGUAGGAUCCAUUUGGCUGUCGGACCUCAUAGCUGUGCACAGGUCUCCUUCUCCAUGCAUGUGCUUGCUUGCCUUUUUAAAGGCUGGUACAUAGUCAUUUGAUGGUAGUCAGUUCCCUCGGUUACAUUAGGUAAAGGUAAAGGGACGCCUGACCAUUAGGUCCAGUCGUGGCCGACUGGGGUUGCGGCGCUCAUCUCGCUUUAUUGGCCGAGGGAGCCAGCGUACAGCUUCCGGGUCAUGUGGCCAGCAUGACUAAGCCGCUUCUGGCGAACCAGAGCAGCGCACAGAAACGCCAUUUACCUUCCCGCCGGAGUGGUACUUGUUUAUCUACUUGCACUUUGACAUGCUUUCGAACUGCUAGGUUGGCAGGAGCAGGGACCGAGCAACGGGAGCUCACCCCAUCACGGGGAUUUGAACCACCGACCUUGAUCGGCAAGUCCUAGGCUUUGUGGUUUAACCCACAGCGCCACCCACGUCCCUUCUCAGUUACAUUACCCCCCCCAAAAAAAAAACCUUGCUAGGCCAAAUCUCCCUCAUCUCCUUUUGGGAAAGUACGUCAACCUUUGGAUCGUUUUGGUUGUCCUUUGGGAAGAGGUGAGUGGCACCAGGACUGGACACAAAAAUUCCCAAGCAGAUCCAGCACAGAUUUGUAUAAGGACAUCGUGAAACUGGCAGGCUUUGGGUGUUUCCAGUUGAACCUGGAAGGUGACACUUUGUCCACCUUUACAGUUGGGGGUCAGGAACCUCCAGCCUGUCAGCUAACCUUUGCCCAUUACAGGGUCCAAGUUGGCCAGUGAGACUGUUCUCCACCCUCCCACUUGUGACAUCAUCUGAUGGGUGGGGUUAAAUUUUGCAUUGGCUGCGUGUGACAUUUCCCCAGAACACACUCAGCGCUCAUCAGCUGCCAUCACUUCUCCUCCUCCUCCUCCUCCUCCUCCUUUAUUAUACAGUGGUACCUUGGUUCUCAAACUUAAUCCGUUCUGGAAGUCCGUUCCAAAACCAAGGCGCACUUUCCCAUAGAAAGUAAUGCAAAAUGGAUUAAUCCAUUCCAGACUUUUAAAAACAACCCCUAAAACAGCAAUUUAACAUGAAUUUUACUAUCUAACAAGACCAUUGAUCCAAACAAAAUGUACUCCAGUCACACAAUCAAUCAGUAGCUGAACUGGGUUCCACACAGUCACAAAAACCAAACAAAAAGAGCCGCAAAAACAAAAACGCAAAUUAAAUAGCAAAAACAGACCUCAGCAUAACGCUCAAAACGGAAGUGUGGCACUCAAAUCAGAAGUCUAACACUCAAAAUGGAAGUUUGGCACUCAAAUCGGAGCACGUUGGGUUCCGGAAAAAGUUUGCAAACCGGAACACUUACUUCCGGGUUCGCAGCGUUUGGGUUCCAAGCUGUUUUGAGUACCAAGGCGUUUGAGAACCAAGAUACCACUGUAUUGUAUAUCACCCUAUACCUGCAGGUUUCAGGGUGGUUCAAAUAAUAAAAUCACAUUAGCUCCUGAGCAGAGCUUAAAUCCUGCUCAGGUCAGCAGCGUUCCAUGCAAAGCCCUUCCUGAAUCAAUAAGAAAAUUUGAAAGCUCUACUUAAAAUGGAAAGGGGGGGUAGUCUUCAUUUUAGCAGCUGCUUUGUGAUGUCAUGGGGUUGACAGGUCAGCAGCCCCUCCUACCCGUCAAAUUUGGCCCAUGAAGGCCAAUCCCAAUAAGGAUGCGGGUCGUGACUUACACGCUUAGCUCAGUCAGUAGAGCUCUUAUUCAUCUUGGGGUCGUUUGUUCGAGCCCCACGUUGGGCAAAAAGAUUCCAGGGGGUUGGACUAGAUGACCCUCGGGGUCCCUUCCAACUCCACAGUUCUAUGAUUCUAUGAAGCUGAAAAGGUUCCCCAUGUUUGCUAUGCGACCCACUUUGUCUCCUUUACCCAGUGGACCCCAAAAGCCGGGAAGUGAUCCAGAAUGCUUGCAAAGCUGUCGGUUCCAUCAGCAACACGUCCUUCGAUAUCCGGUUUAACCCAGAUAUUUUUUCGCCAGGUAAGAAGGCGCUUCAGGUGCGCUUGCAGCACGUACCCCCUUCCAAGUGUUUGACCCUUUUGAGUUUAGACAUUUGCGUAUUUCCUUUCGGACACUUAAGAGUUGCUCUGCACGCAGAAGCUCCCAGCUUUUAAUCCACCCAGCAUCUCCAGUUCUGUAUUUCCCCCAAUGCAUCUUGAUCCUGCCUUUCUUGUCAGCGAUGAUCAAAGCAGCUCCUAAGCUGCAAGAAACAGUGAGAAACAGGAGGGGAGAACCACGUACACCCUCUUGAGCUCCUUGGAGGAAAGAUGGGGUGUGAAUGCUAUAAUCAAUAAAUAAAUCAAAAUCAUAGGAUCCACAGCAAGCCUUGGGGCCAACACACGCUUCCUGUGCAAUUGCUAGAAUCUCAGAAGCAUCUACUUCUGCUGGCACAAACCAUAGAUAGCUGAGCCCAUUUUUGUCCAAACUGGUUAACAUUGGGUUGUAGCAAACUUAAGUUUAUAUUCAGAGUAGGUCGGUCCCUUGAAAUAAAUGGACUGCAAGUUAGUCGUGUCCAUUAUUUUCAGUGGAUCUGUUCUAAGUGGGACUAACAUUGAAGUACAACCCAUUACUUUGACCACCGUUGAACCAAGAGAAGAUGGCGUACAAGGUGGAUAGCUCAGUUUGUUAGAGCAUGGUGCUGGUAACGCCAAGGUUGCAGGUUCGAUCCCCCUAUGGGGCGACGGCAUAUUCCUGCCUUGCAGAGGGUUGGACUAGUCAGGGUUUUCCAAACUUGUGUCUCCAGCUGGUUUUGGACUACAGUUCGCAUCAUUCCUGACCACUGGUCCUGUUAGCUGGGGAUGAUGGGAGUUGUAGUCCCAAAACAACUGGAGGGCCAAGUUUGGCCACCACUGACUUAGAUGAUCCACAGGGUCCUUUCCAACUCUAAAAUUCUGUAAUGGUUUGAAACCAUGUUAAGCAAUCUGUCUGGAUGAAUUGACGGGUCCUGACCUGGAGCGAAAGUGGAAGGUUUGUUUUUAGUUAUUUAUUAUUUAUUUAUUCAAUUCCUCUGAGGAGCUCUAGGUGGCCUGCAUACUUCCCUCCCCUCCUCCCCAUUUUUAUCCUAACAGUGAAGUAGCUUAGGCUGAGAGUGAGUGACUGGCCCAAGGUCUCCCACUGAGCUUCAUGGCCUGGUCUCCCAGGUCUAGCCCUCUAACCGCUACACCACACUAGGUAAAGGUAAAGGGACCCCUGACCAUUAGGUCCAGUCGUGGCCGACUCUGGGGUUGCGGCGCUCAUCCCGCUUUAUUGGCCGAGGGAGCCGGCGUACAGCUUCCGGGUCAUGUGGCCAGCAUGACUAAGCCGCUUCUGGCGAACCAGAGCAGCGCACGGAAACGCCGGUUACCUUCCCACCAGAGCGGUACCUAUUUAUCUAUUUGCACUUUGAUGUGCUUUCGAACUGCUAGGUUGGCAGGAGCAGGAACCGAGCAACGGGAGCUCACCCCGUCGCGGGGAUUCAAACCGCCGACCUUCUGAUCAGCAAGUCCUAGACUCUGUGGUUUAACCCACAGUGCCACCCGCAUCCCUACUACACCACACUAGUCCUAUCUUAUUCCUGGGCAAAUGGGGGGGGGCUGCUGUGAGCCCCAUGAUUUCCAUAUCGUGCAUUCUAAUCUAUGGUUUAGUGCAAUGGGUGAAUGCAGGCCACUCUGACCUGCUGCAGGAAAGUUCCUAGCUAACCAUCCUUCCCCAGAGUAACAUUGAAGGGGAGGCAGCUUUGGCCAAUUCUGAGAGGUGUGUAUUUUUCCCCCCAGCAGGGUUGGGCAGAAAUCUUGCUAACAGAAAUAUAUGCCAUACAGGCAACUCUCAGCUUAACACAGCAGUUGCAUUCCAGGAAUAGCACACAAAAGCCAAACUCCCAUCUAGCCAGUGGUGGGUGGGAUUGCCAAAGCCUUUUUUUACCCCAGACAGACACCCACCCUCUUUUUAGUAUUUUUAAAUUUAAAUUUGUUAAUUUAAAUUACAUGCAGGCAGUAUAUAUAUAGCCCUCUUCCCAUCUGGCUGAUCUUCCAGCUUCCUUUCCCAGCUGGCUGAUCUUCCUUUCCUGUUUCCAUAGGGGUCCGCUUUCCAGAGUCCAGCAAAGAGCAGAUUCAGGAUCAGAAGCGGUUGCUAAAGGAUGCGGCUGCUUUUCUGGUGUCCUAUCAAAUUCCAGGCUUGGUGAGUGAAUUUGCGCCAGGAGAAAGGGGGAGAGAAGAGGGUGGGGAGCAGUCUUUACAUAGGAACGGCAUAGGCAACGGCCUUAUACUGAGCCCUAGACCCUCACUCUAUCUAGCUCAGUAUUGUCAGCACGGACUGGUAGGAGCUUAAGACCAGAAGACUCUCCCAUUUCUGUCUGGAGAUGUCAUUGUGGAUUGAACCUUCUGCAUGCAGAAAAGCCAGGCUUGCUAAGUUCUGCUGUGUGUGUUUUCUUCUUCCUUGGCAGGUGAAAGACUGCCUUGACCACACCAUGCUCCCGAUGGACGGCGCCACCUUGGCCGAAGCCAUGCACCAGCGAGGCAUCAACAUGCGCUACCUGGGCAGAGUGGUGGAAUUCAUCACCAAGACCCCUGGCCGGGCUCAGCUAGAUCACAUCUAUGUAAGCCUCAAAAGUUUGUUUUUCCCCUGACUUCUAAUUGCCACUUAAAAAUAAAUAAAUGUUGUUGUUUCUUGAGGAUUAUUUACCCUGGCAGAGAUCCAGCUCGGAUAAUUUGUCUUUCAUAAACCUCAGCUUUAAAAAAAAAAGCCCACAUAUAUUAGAGCUGCCAUACGUCCAGGAUUUUCUGGGUACGUGCUGUGGCACUGUGGUCUAAACCACUGAGCCUCUUGGGCUUGCCGAUCAGAAGGUCGGCGGUUCAAAUCCCCGCGACGGGAUGAGUUCCUGUUGCUCUGUCCCAGCUCCUGCCAACCACAGCUCCCCUCAUCCCUGACCCUUGGGGCUUAUGGGAGUUGUAGUCCAACAACACCUGCAUGGAAACAGGUUUCCAGUGGUACCUUUUUAUAAUGGUAAAGUUAGGUAAACGGUAAACAUUAGUGAGGAGACAAAGGCUACAUCCACAGUAUGUGCUUAAAGCAGUGUUAUGCUACAUUAACAGGCAUUGUUUUCCUCCAAAGAAUCCUGGGAAGUGUAGUUUGCUUAAGGGUGCUGAGUGUUGUUAAGGGAUCCCUGCUUCCGGAGUGGUUUAACAGUCUAUCCCUCUUUACAGUGGACUCUGGGAAUUGUAGGUCUGCAGAGUGAGUAGGGCGUCUCCGAACGACUCUCUGCACCCUAAACAAGCUACAGUUCCCAGGAUGCUUUGAACGAAGCCAUGACUGUUAAAGGUGGUAGGAUAGCGUUUGGGAGGUAUAGUGCACAGGGUUUCUUGAAGGAAGUCAGUUUUGAAAACAUAGUAUAAAUCUGGAAAAUCGCCGCAAAGUCCACAUAUUUAAACCCAAACAGAUCAACUAUAACAGGCUUUGGGUACAGUCCUCUCCCGGCAGACCUAUCUACAGUAUUUUUUAUUCUUGAACGAAAAGCUGGCUGCUUGAAUUGUUGCAGCGGCUCUAUUGUUGAAAUGGGCCUUUGGGCCUCGGGAAGGAACGUUCUAGAGCACCAAAUGCCGAACUCUGAAAGAGUUUGUCAGCGUCGACAGUAUGAGAGAUGUGUUUCUUGUCUCCUGGCUGACCUGUUUGCUCUUUUGUCCGUCCCCCCAUUUGUUUCCUUGGAACAGAAAAUCGGAAUCACGGAACUGAUCACCCGGUCGGCCAAGCACAUCUUCAAGACAUACCUUCAGGUACAAAUUGGAUUAUGCAACCCCAAACACCUUCCCUUACAUGCCCUCUCCUGCGCGAGGGUUGCCUGUCGCGCUCUCUCUCUCUCUGCCUUCCCCCCGCCCAGUCCCGGCCUUCCUUCCCAGAUCAAGAGAGAAGCCAUUUCCUCCGUAGGCUUCUUGCACAGGUUGCCUAGCAACCGGAAGCACAAUCUCAUUAAGGCCUAAAAUAAGUGCAGGCCUGUGUGGUUGAGGGAGAACCAGUGGCAACUUGUCUGUGUGUGGUGUUGUGUGUGUGAGAGAGAAAGAGUGAUUCAAAAACUAUUCCUUCGUGGCUGAGCUUGUGUUUUUGUCUUCCACGCUCAGCAGGAAAGGUUUUUAACAAGGAGGGGAGAUGGCAAGCAUUUGUGUGAACUUGUGUCAGACCCGCGGCGCAGUUAAUGAAAGCCUGGUGUUCCCAGAUCCCUGAGAAGCUGGGGAGGGGGGGCUUGCAAAGGGUUCCUCUUUCUCUACCCACCCCCCAAAAAAGUGCUUUUUCAGCGCAUGCAGCAAUGUGCUUGGGUUUGUUUCCAAAGCAAUGACUCCUCCAAAAUGCUUUGCAUGCUAGUUGGGUCUCCCAGCCGCCUUCCGCAGUUGUGUGUGUGUGUGUGUGUGUGUGUGUGUGUGUGUGGAAUCCCACAUGAGGCUUCUGGCAUCCAGAUGCCUCAGCUGGGGAGGGACGCCCACAGUGUAAUAGUUUCCCGCCCCCCAAAAAAUCCAGUUCAGUCUUUGUUUCAUUUCAUUCGCUUUUUGGGCAAAUCUGGUCCAGAAGAUGCAACUAAUCAUUCUAGCAGGUUUCGUUGGUUAUCGAUUUACUGCCAUCCCAGAUUCAAGCUCCUUCUGUUAAUUCACAAAGCCCCGAAUGACCUGGACACAAAGAAGUAGUAGUAGUAGUAGGAAUUAAUAAUAGUAAUUUUAUUGUUUGUAUCCUGCCCAUCUGACUGGGUUGCCCCAGCCACUCUGGGAGGCUUCCAACAUUUAUAAAAACAUCACACAGUCAAACCUCGACUCCAGGACACCUCCGUUUUAGAACAUUUUGGCUCCCGAACCAAAUGUAAAUGCUCUGGUUUUUUAACGUUUUUCGGAAGCCAGACCUCCGACGCAGCUACUGCUUGAGUGCAGGAGGCUCUUGCAGCCAAUCAGAAGCCACGCCUCGGUCGUCAAACAUUUCGGAAGCCAAAUGAGCUUCCGGAACAAAUUACGUACGGCAACUGAGGUUUCACUGUAAAACAUCAGACAUUAAAAACUUCCUAAUACAGGGCUGCCUUCAGAUGACUUCUAAACAUGGUAUAGUUAUUUGUCUCUUUGACAUCUGAUGGGAGGGCGCCACUACUGAGAAGGCCCUAUGCCUGGUUCCGUGUAACUUCACUUCUUGCAGUGAGGGAACCACCAGAAGGCCCUCAGAGAUGGAAAGUACCUUCAGGACUGCUUGAUUCCUCCUCAAUUGCCAGGGCCUUCUGAGGGGGCACUUUUGGUGGUCCCACUUAUCCCUGAGGUUCGUUUGGCCUUCACCAGGGGAUGAGACUUUAGCGUGGUAGGUCCAGCUCUGUGGAACACCUUGCCAAUAGAAAUUGGGCAGGAGCCGUCCCUGCUUGUUUUAAGACGUCUCAUAAAAAACAUGUUAUUUGGGCAGUCUUUUCAAACCUGAGAUUCUUUGCCAACCAGCUCUUUCUUAUGUGGUUUAAGUUUAUUUAUUGUGAUACUGUGUUUUUAAUCGACAUACCACCUUGCGAUGGUUUUUAUGAAAGUGCAGUUUACACAUCUUUAAAUGAACAGAUGACUAGCUGGGUAGUCCUGAGGGAGUUUUCCUCUGUAUGUUUGGUUGAAUGUCUCCCUGCCAUGUAGAAGGCCUGAAGUAAGGAAAAUGAAAGCUCUCUGUUCCCUUCUCCUCAAAUCACACACUGCUUGCGUUGGGUUUGCUCAGUAAGGCGUUACCAGGACUUUUCUCCCCGGACUCCGUUUGCAUUAUUUGACUUCACUAACAUGUAGCGCGCUAAUGGUCUCCUUUUUCCCUCCCACAGGGAGUGGAGCUGUCAGGCUUAUCAGCUGCCAUCAGCCAUUUCCUCAACUGCUUCCUCAGCUCCUUCCCAAACCCUGUGGCCCAUCUCCCAGCCGAUGAGCUGGUCUCCAAGAAAAAGAACAAGAGGAGGAAAAAUCGGAAUUUGGGCGCCGCUGACAACACUGCCUGGGCCACCAUGAGCCCUCAAGAAUUGUGGAAGAACAUUUGUUCGGAAGCCAAGAGUUACUUUGACUUCAGCUUGGAAUGGUACGUCUCUUAAAAACCUACAAAACUCACAGCUGUCGGUCCAUGGUGAGGACUCCCAGUCUUCUACACAACUGGGAAUGUCUCCCCUCUGAAGUCCUAGUUUGAAAAUGUGGAUCCCUCUGGUGUGUUGCUUCCUUUUGACUCCCCCUUCUCCUUUUUUGCAGUGAGAGUGUUGACCAAGCAGUGGAAGUAUACAGUCUACAGAAGGUCACCCUGCUACGUGAGAUCUCCCUCAAAACUGGAAUCCAGGUGGGGAACAAUGUACACAACCUCCAAGUUAUUCUCCCUCAUUUAACCCUCCGAACACAACUUGGAAGAACAUAAUGACUUUAUUUUUUAAAGGCAUUUUUCCUCCACUCUUUAGCUCAGUUUCUCAAACUUGGGUCUUCCGCUGUUGUUGGACUACAACUCCCAUCAUCCCUAACUCUCAGGACCAGUGGUCAGAGAUGAUGGGAGUUGUAGUUGCAACAACAGCGGAAGACACAAGUUUGAGAAACACCGCUUUAGCUGGAAAAGGCUCCCAAAGCAAGUUUGCAAAUAUCAGCGGUAAAACAGCCCCAGGCCUUAAGCUCUUAAAAUCUUAAGGGCGACAGCACAAAAGGAAAAGGAACUGGGAGGGAAGAGGGAGGAAUCACCCAUUCUUGGUUACUGAGCUCUUCUGGCGAACAGGAAGAACGCACUGCGUUCCUGCCAGCCACUAGGUUAUGCAAUGCCACCUGAGAUUAAUUUCUAGCUUUGCUGAUAGAAACUGUCAUGCAUCCCCUUCAGUUCUCUCCCUAAGAAGGAACUUUCGCUUGAGGCAGGAGAAAAGUACAGUAACUGCUGGAUUUUAACCAUUAUUUUGCUGCUGUGCUUCAGCAGUCGUAGGUGCAGCCUGAAACCCACACACCACCUGGAAGAGCCUAAUCCAAUUAAUUCUGCAAUCUCCACCUACACUCUUCGUUUAAGACUGUGGCUAAGAGGAUGGCUCCCAAUUGAGUUGCCCGCGAUGCCUGGUUCAUCUGUAACUUGUGGGGAACCUUUGGCCCUUCAGAUGUUGGCUGAACUCCAACUCCUCCCCAGCAAGGAUGGCCAGUGGCCGAGGAUGUUGGGAGUUGUAGGUCAGCAACAACUGGAGGGCCAGAACGUUCCCCACAUCUGCUCUGAGCCAUGAUUUACAAACCAUGGUUUUAGCUAACUGUAGCUGGUCUCGUGAACCCAGCCCCUGCAGCUUAACUAUGGUUUAUAAAUCACGGUUAAAAUGAAAUAGUUGACUAGGUUUUCUGUUUACAAGCCUCGUUUGGUCACCAUUAACCAUGGCUCACUAUUACGUGCAGACCCAGGCCUCCUCCUUUGCUAUGGUCAAGGAGCCAUUGCCACCCCACAGCUGCAGAGCAGCUCAAAACUCAAAGAACAGUCAAUGAGGGUCAGGUUUUUUUUGGGGGGGGGUGAGAAAUCCUGGGUGGGGGUGGCAGCAGAAACACAGAUGCCGAAGGGGCAGCAUAUGCUGCAUAGUUCCUCAGAUGAAAAUGUCCCUAUUAUCAUUGGAGGGUAUUAAAAUCUAUUUUUGAGAGAGGACUUUGCAUUUUCUUUUCUCUUUUGUUUUUGCUUAGAUAAUAUUAUAUAGUGCUUUUUUCUGGGGGUACGCAUACCCCUAAACAUUUUGUGAAUCUUUUUACUUUUGUCCAUUUACUGCAUUUAUUUUUCCCGAUUUGAACCAUAAAAUGGUGAUUUUCUUGAGUCAAAAUGAGAGUACCCCUAAACAUGUUUUUAAAAGGGAAAAAAGCACUGCACAUAUCCAGCAUACAACAUAAAAACGAGAUUCUAAAGAAUCUCCUGGACUUCCCUCCUCCCCUUUGUGGGUCCUACUGUUAACCAUUUCCUGCUGCAUCUUUUAUAAUAAUCCAAAUCUUUUACCUCUCCAUUAUGUCCAAAAUUCACCAUUAAACUGCAAGUGUUACUCCAGUCCUACUAACGAUUUUAGCAGUUUACAAUGGUUUUAAAAGAUAAAUUGUAAAGAAUUCCCCAUUCUUUAUUAAAAUUUUGGUCUUCCUGAUUUCUGAUUCUUCCGGUCAUUUUUGCCUUUUCGGCAGAAUCCAUCAACUUAAUCUUCCAUUCUUCUCUGGUAGGGACUUUUACCUUCUUUCCAUCUCUGGAAAGUUUAGUUAGAUUAGUUUGCUUUUUAUUGCAUUGUAGAAAAGCUUCAAAAAAAAUUUUAUGGAAGCAAGCAACAGGAUCAGUCCUCAUUGGGAACACUGCUUGUCGAUAGCCGCCUUAAACUGUGGCGUCCAGAACCCGUACGCAGGACUCCCAAUUAGGGUUGGACCGAGGCAACAUAGAGUGGUACUUAACAACUGGCUUUUCCUUUUCUCUUAGGAAAGGUAUGGAAGCAUUUGUGUGUGUUUAUGUUUCAGAUCCUUCUGAAAGAAUACAAUUUUGAUAACCGCCACAAGCCAACGUUCACAGAAGAGGACAUCCUCAACAUCUUCCCAGUUGUGAAGCACGUCAACCCAAAAGCCUCGGACGCCUUCCAUUUCUUCCAAAGCGGCCAGGCAAAAGUGCAGCAAGGUAUCACUUGCAGUGUACUACUGGCUGUGAAUUUGGUUUCGAACCAAGGUGGAUAGGUCCUGGGGGUGGGGUUUAACCUUGGCAGCCCAGGGGCUCUUAUAAGCCGGAUCCUGACUCCCUGAGAAGUUUAAAAAUAAAAAAUUUAAAAACGAAAGUUUACCCAGAUCUCUGUGCAAGGCAUGUGGCAGGGAGAGAGGCACUUACUUUACAACACGUAUGUACGGCACAGUCAUUGGGGUAGGGUAGGGCCCAACACUAGGUGGCGCCAGUUCCAGCAGCAGACACAGCCACGUAAUUCGUAGCAUUGCAGACACUGAAGGGGCUGCAACGGUCUUCUAGUCCAACUCCUUACAAUGCAGAAAUCGCUUGCCCGAUGUGGGGCUUGAACCCACGACCCUGAGAUGAAGUGUCUCGUGCUCUACCAACUGAGCUGUCCAGCAACGUUGUCCUCUUCCUCCUCCCUGCUGAGUUCUACAAGUGGGCAAUAUGGAGACAAAGGAGACGUCUCCCUUCCCCGACUGAUUGUAAGCAACAGGGUGGGGGCAGAUUGAGAGGCGGUGGGGCCAGUGCCCCAUUUGCACUGAUAAAACCAGCCUCCACUGCUUACAUCCUCCACAUCCAGAAGAAAAGGCGAAGGGGUAAACCCUACACAAAUCUGGAGUGAAUCUCUAAGAUGGUUGGAUAAUGCCUUGUACAUCUACUUUCAGUAGCUCCUGCAGCCAGGCUGGUGCCAAACGUAUUGCUCUGCUUUCCUUUGGAUCACAUCAGUGACGCUGAGAGGGAGGGUCUUGUCAUUUGGGCUGUUUUGACUUCACCUCCAGAGGUGCACUGUUGUCUCUCGAGACAGACGGAUGCCAACAACUGCUUACAUUGUAGUUAAGCAUCACCUGCCAUCUCAAGAGUGCUUUUUCUUUGCACAUUUCAGGUUUCUUGAAGGAGGGCUGUGAGCUGAUCAGCGAGGCCUUAAACCUGUUCAACAACGUGUAUGGCGCCAUGCACAUGGAAAUCUGCGCCUGCCUUCGUCUCUUGUCUCGCCUGAACUACAUCAUGGGAGACUACUCAGAGGUACGGGCAGCCCUGACCUCUCGCUGCUCCCAAAUCUUCUGCGUUACGUAGGCAGUGUUGAUUUAAAGCAGAGUCUGUUGUGCCCAGCGGAAGGAUGAGGAAAAUGUGUUACAUACUCCAUAUAGCUUUAUUUACAGUUCAAAGCUGGUAUAUUACAGAAAGACAUCUUGCCUCUGCAGGAGCAGAAAAAUGCAUCCUCUCUCCUCCACAGCUUGGAGAGAAUCACACAGUGAAAAAACAGGAAACCAGUGUACGUCACAUCCAGUCUCCCUUUCCCGUGAGAAACUCCAACAGUACAGACUGUGGAAUGCAAAACAAUGUCUUGUGACUGCAGUUGCUGCCCAGUGAGGAAAUAGAAACCAACAUCCUCCCCUUUCUGUGAACAUCACUGGGCAGCGUGUUCGUACAAUAUCAGUACAAACCCAACUUCUGCACAUAGGUACAGUGUUGAUCCCUUGAUACAAUCUUGGACAAUACAUCAGCAGGAAUUUCAUUACCUGGCAUAUAGGACACCGUUACGAGUCCCUUCUGAAUACAUUCCCUAGCAUGCUGCAACUUUAAUUGCAAGUGCUUUGUGCUUUGCUUACAACCUUCAGACUUCAGCAAAGCCAAACAUGCUUUGUUGUCCUGGUAAACCUGGAUUGGACAUUUGACAGGAAUUUUCAUAUCUUUGCACAAUUGUACUAACCAUUCACAAUCCUUAAGUGAAUAAGACAGUGCAUUCAGUUCAGCUUCACAAGUACUUAAGCUAACUGUUGUUUGCUUCUUGCAUGACCAAUCAAACAGACUCUGAUUGUACAUGUAGCAAACUCCAGACGUACUUUUCCUGUCUGUAGUGUCACUUCCAAAACUUGCAUCUGCAAAUAUCUCAAGACCACCAGACUUCUGAUUGUUAAAUCUCAGUCUGUAAUGCAUAGUGCCUUUCAAAUACCGCGCUAUGCGUUUCAGAGCUUUCCAAUCCUUGACACUAGGAUUGUUGACUUGUCUGCUUAGCAAAUUACAGCUAACAGCAAUGUCUGGUCUUGAACAUCUGGCAAUGAAGUUUAGCUUGCCUAGCACACUCCUGUACAGUGUAGUGUCAGAAAAUGCUUCUUCAGUGUCAUCUACCUGAUAACCUGUUGUCAUCGGUGUGUCUACAGGGUUAGCAUCCAUCAGAUUUAGUUUGCUUAACACAUCAGCAAUUUUCCGUGACUGGUGUACUAGAAUGUUACCAUCCUGAUCUCUCUCUAUUUCCAGAGAUAGGUAGUUGUUUACCUCACCAAGAUCUUUCAUGUCAAAGUGCUCUUUCAGUUGAGCUAGGGCGUUAUUGUACAUUGCAACAUCUUUCCAAAAGAAUAAUAAAUCAUCAACAUAAAACAAACAGUACAGUUUCUUUUGCCCCUCCUCUUUGACAAAUACACAUGGAUCAGCUUUCCCUUGCUGAAAACCUAGAGAAAACAAUACUUCAGUGAGUUUUGUGUGCCAACACCGUGCACUUUGUUUGAGACCAUAAAGGGAUUUCUUCAGAGCACAAACAAAUCCCUGUUUUACCUGUACGCCAUCAGGUGGAAGCAUAUAAAGUGAUUCAUCUAGAGAUCCGUACAGAAAAGCUGUAUUAAUAUCAUGGUGACUAAUGUGUAGAUUUUCCUCUGCAGCUAGCUUAAGCAUAAGCCUAAUGCUUUCAUAUCUCACUGUGGGUGAAUAGGUCUCGUGAUAGUCUUCACCUGGUACCUGUGCAAAACCUCUGGCUACCAAUCUGGCUUUGUGUCUGACUAUCUUGCCAUUUUGAUCUGUCUUCGCUUUGAAGACCCAUUUGCUUCAAGCAGUUUCAUUCCUGGAACUACUGGAACUAGCUCCCAUGUUUUGUUCCUAUCUAAGGAAUCAAGCUCAGCCUUCAUGGCAUUUAACCAUGGCUCAGCUUCCUUUGAAUCCAAACCCUGGAUUUCUUGGAAACUUGAAGGUUCAAAUACCUUCUUGGAGCUUUUAACAGCUGUUACUGCUAUCGUAGCAAACUCAUCAGCAAAUCUCUUUGGAGGUUUGCCUUUUGUGGCUCUCUGUGACCUACGAAUUAGCCUUAAGUCUUCAAUACUCUCCUCUUCCUUCUUAGGAGAAAACGACCUAUUGUGAACAAUGGUUCCUCCAAUUCUUGAUCAGAGCUUUCAGAGGGUCGCAUAGAGGCUUUCGCACUCUUGAAAUCCUCUGAAUCACCCGAUUCAGUUUCAGAUUCAGACUCAGAACCUUCAUCAGUGGGUGUGGGCUGUUGUGGUUGCUUUUGACUAUCCUCAGUCUCAUCACCGUCAUCAGGAUAACAUUGGAAAAUUCCCACAUUCUCCCCCACUUUGCAUUGUACUCAACACUUCUCGUGAGCUUAAUUGUCUUAGAGUCAGUCAUCAUUAUUCUGUAAGACCCUUUCUGAUAACCUAGAAAGAUACCAUGCAAUCCACGCUUGUCUAACUUGGAGUUUUGUGGUGAGUGAACCCACAUGUCAGAACCAAAAAUCUUCAUGUGUUUGAUGUAUGGCUUCUUGCCAAACAUCUUCUCAUAGGGGGUACAACCAAUCGCUGAAGAUAAUCUGCGAUUGUAACUGUAAACAAAACACGAGAGAGAUUCGGCCCAAUAACUCUCUGGAAGAUUGGCAUCAUGCAGCAAGGUCUUUAACCCUUGAAGCAAAGUCUGAUUUGCCCGUUCCGCAAGUCCAUUCUGCCAUGGCGAGCGAGGACUAGACAAAUCGUGUUGAAUUCCUUUCUCAGUCAGAAAAGCUUCAAACUGCUGAGAAGUGAAUUCCCCACCGCGAUCACUGAAAAGAGUCUUUAUCUUCUUACCAUGCACAUUUUCCAACCAAGCACAGAAUUCCUUGAACCUAGGAAAAGCCUCCGAUUUCUGCUUGAGAUUGUACACAAAAAUAUAUCUAGAAAAUGCAUCAAUGAGAACCAUGAAGUAUCUAUUUCCACCCAAAGAGGGCGAUAGUGGUCCAACCAAAUCAGCAUGAACAACCUGGUAUGGUUCUGUAGCUUUCCUACUAGACACCUUACCUUUCGCAGCCAUUUUGACCUUGUUUGCUGCGCAUGCUUUGCACUUCAUGUGGUACCUGCAGGGUUUAAUAGUCAUACCUUCAACCAAGGCAGGCAUUUUAGAUACUGCCUCAAAAUGCAAAUGAGCAAAUUUUCUAUGAAAAUCGUGAAUACAUUCUGCAUGCAAACUUUUGUUAGAACCUGCAAUGCAACAAGUGUCAUCCUGCACCACAUCAUCGUAAUACAAAACAAACAAAUGAUCAACAUAUUCUGCAUGCAAUACAUAAUCAUUUUUCUUUGUGAUGAUGCACUUCUUGUUCUUGAAGGACACGUCAAUGUUCCGCUCAUUCAGCUGUCCAACGCUGAGCAGAUUAUGUUUGGCGUCUGGCACGUAAAGCACAUUCUGUAUCGAUAAGUCCAAACUGUGAAGAACAACAGUUCCGUAGCCUUUACUGGGAAUAGUGUGGUCAUCCGCCUGGUGAAUCGCACCUUCCUGCGGUGUAAAAGACACAAACAGUUUCUUAUCGUUGCACAUGUGGUGGGUCGCCGCUGAAUCAACAACGAAGAAAGAUCUAGACGUCUUCUGGACCUCUGCAACCUUUGGAGUGAAGCGUGAAACCAUAGCCUUGUGCUGCGUUGUCCUAGACACCGGACCUUUGCCUUUGCCUCGGCCUUUUCCGCGCGAUGAGCUUUCGCUGCGCUGCUCUGUCUUGGCCCUGGGAUGUCUGCAUUCCCUCUUCAUAUGGCCUAGACGUCCACACGAGUAGCAUUUCACUGCCUUCAAAGCUUUGGCGCCAUCUGGUGGUUCCACUGCACUAUGGGAUGACGUCUGUGAAGACUCUCCCUUGCCCAUGCAGCUAGCCCCCCCGGCGAUCUGCUUCAUUUAAGAUCACGGCAGUAACAAAGUCCACUGUCAGCUGAGCAGUUGGUUGCACAGCAAUCUGGGUUGCAACAGACUCCCAACCUGAACCCAAAGAUUGUAGUAUCAUGAAAGAAUACACAGCCUCUGGAAAGUUGAGUCCUCUCUGUUGCAGCUCAUGUCUCAGAUUUUGCAUCUGCAUCAGAUGUAAACGCACAUCUCCACCUUCAGCAAGAGCCAUAUUAUGCAGCUUGUUAAAAUAAAACAUAGUGGAUCCAGCUUCUGUCCUUAAAUGAGCCUCUCUCAGAGCGUCCCAAAUUUCUCUGGCUGAGGUCUUAUCACGCAAUAGACAGAGCUCUUCUGGGGAUACUAUCAAUGUAAGAGUUCCCCUGCUUUGGAAUCCUUAGCUUUCCAUGCAUCUGUAACUGGAACUGGGGGGGUUUCUGUAAUCACCUCAAACAAACCCUCUUUCCGCAGAAUUGCCUCUGCAUACUGAACCCAGUCGCUAUAAUUUUUCUUGUUGAGCUUAGGAAUCCCACAAGCAUCCUGAAGGGCCAUCAUGACUCUGGCAUUAGCCUUCAGCGUCAUAUCUAUGCUGCUUUAAAUCUUGCUGCGUCACUGCUGCAGCUGCCUCAUUACAAAGGCACACUUAAAAGUUACUUUCGAUUUCCCCAGCAUAGUGACUUGUGCCUGGGAGCCUUUUGCCUAUUCCCAGCAAAACCGGCUUUAAAAGUUCAAAGUCCAGCCAUAAAGCCAUUAACUUGAAGCUGGCAGGCUGCCCGGAGCAGUAGCACAUACCUCAUCAAUCAUCUUCUACGCGCAGAGCAGAUUCCUUUCCGAUCCGUCCCUCUGCAUUCCGAUCCUUUGCCGGCACUCCGAUUCGACCUCUGGAGCCCCAUAACCACGUGUUGAUUUAAAGCAGAGUCUGUUGUGCCCAGCGGAAGGAUGAGGAAAAUGUGUUACAUACUCCAUAUAGCUUUAUUUACAGUUCAAAGCUGGUAUAUUACAGAAAGACAUCUUGCCUCUGCAGGAGCAGAAAAAUGCAUCCUCUCUCCUCCACAGCUUGGAGAGAAUCACACAGUGAAAAAAACAGGAAACCAGUGUACGUCACAUCCAGUCUCCCUUUCCCGUGAGAAACUCCAACAGUACAGACUGUGGAAUGCAAAACAAUGUCUUGUGACUGCAGUUGCUGCUCAGUGAGGGAAAUAGAAACCAACAGGCAGGAGGCCUGCUGGGUUGGACCGAAGGAAGGCCUCUUUAGUCCAGCCUCCUGUUUCCCACAGUGGCCAAUCGGGUGCCUCUGGGAAGCCCACAACCAGGGCAGGAGAACCAACAGAUCCCUUCUGCUGACUCCCCAGCCACUGGUGUUCAGAAGACACCUGCCUCUGAAACCCUGAGGGCUAACCGUAGAAGUAUAAUGACUUUUAGCCCUUGGUGGGUUUUAGACAAAUUGGUGGAGGGAACUUGCCCACAUCUUGUGGCAAUGAGUUCCGCAUGGUGUGAAGAAGUACUUCCUUUUUCUCUCCCGAAUCUCCCCCACCAAUUAUCUUUGUUGGAUGACACCAUUGGGCUAUAGGCUGACAUUCCUUCCCAAAGAAUCCUGGGAACUAUCGUUUAAGCGUUCUGAGAAAGCAAGAAAGAGCAACUGGUUUUUACGAAGCCCAAACCCGAAAAUCUCCUGGGGUUUUUUGUGAGAGGCGGAGGUGGUUUUGGGUUUUCCUGGCUUUUCAACUCUGUCUUCUUCCUUUCGUUCCAGGCCUUAAGUAACCAGCAGAAAGCAGUGCUCAUGAGCGAGAGAGUCCUUGGGAUAGAGCACCCCAACACAAUUCAGGAAUAUGUAAGUAGCAGACAGCGGGGAGGGUUGAAGGAUUCUGCAACAGGCAGCUGUGGAGGCAAGGAGGAAGCGUCAUGGAAACACCCCCCUGCCCACAGAAAACUAGCACAUCAAGGAGAAGACAAAACCCUUUUCCCUGAGGUGCUAGCUUUUGUGAUUUCUCAAUGCUGGGAGAUCUUGAAAUCGGAACAUUCCAAUUCCCCUUACCAUUUGCAUCUGAAGUCUCCCCCCCCCCCCCAAUAAGAAAAUCAGUCCACUUUUCUACCAUUGAGAUCUGUUGCCUACAAGCGGCAGUCUCUUGGGGGUUGGUGUCACGAGUUCUGAGUUUCUCUCCCCCCCCCCAAAGUUGGGCCACAUCUGCACCAUGCACUUAAAUAAGCAUUGUUAUAGCAUUUUAACAGUCACUGCUUUCCCCAAAGAAUCCAGGGAACUGUAGAUUAUUAAGGGGUGCCGAGCGUUGCUGGGAGACUCCUGUUCCUCUCACAGAGCUACAAUUCUGAGCUCCCUAGGAAGGAGAGUUGUUGGUUGAACCUUUCUGGGAAUUGUAGCUCUGUGAUGGGGAUCGGGUGCCCCCAACAACUCCCUUAACAACCUGCAGUUCCCAGGAUUAUUUGCGGGGAAGGCCUGACUGUUUAAAGUGGCAUAAGAGUUCUUUAAAUAUAAGGUGCAGGUGUAACAUUGGGUUAUGUGUUCUUCCCUUGGUGGAGACAGCUGGGUUCUGCAACAAAACAUUGCAGCGCAAAGUCCUGCCUACUCAGGAUGCAGCCUGUUCCAUCCCCAGCAGCAAACAAAUUUUAUCUUCUUCAUCCUAGCAGUAUUCUAUAGUCACUGAAAACACUCUAUCCUCACUGGGUUAUCUUUGAAUUCCUUCCACCCACCCCCAAAUCGUAAAAAAGUGUAUUUCUCCAAACUCCCAUCCGAUCCCCUCCAGCGGCUAAUACCAUGAAUGAUGCCAAUUAGGACUAUGGAAAUAAAAGGCAUCACAGUCCAAAUUUUGGAAACAGAAGGAAGAUUCUCCAGGGGGGCGGGGAGAACAGCAAGGAGGGGUGGUUCUGACUUUUAACCGUUUUGUUUCUUGUUGAAAUUAUUAUUAUUAUUAUUUCUAAAUUGUUUAUCUGCAACCAGAUUCUCUUAUGCCUCUUGUAGAUGCACCUUGCUUUGUACUGCUUUGCAAACAGCCAGCUGUCUACAGCGCUCAACUUGCUAUACCGCGCACGCUACCUCAUGCUGUUGGUGUUUGGCGAAGAUCACCCAGAAAUGGCACUCUUGGAUGUAAGUUUAGCUGUUGGCCGGCCAGGGUCUCUGGAGCCCCAGCUAAAGAGCCUGUGUAGUUUCUGCAGGCGGAACACCUAAAGCUGAACUUGACUUUUUCCAAUGAGAUGCAGCGUCUUGAAAAACCUCUGCCUUUUGCAUUUCUAAUUUGGGACACAAGUUUCCUUUGCCCUUGUGGGCUUCUAGUUCUGUGAUUCAGCAGACUUGAUUCUGUGCUGUAUAAAUCUUUUUUAGAAAUUCAUAGAAUCAUAGAGUUGGAAGAGACCACAAGGGCCAUCGAGUCCAACCCCCUGCCAAGCAGGAAACACCAUCAGAGCACUCCUGACAUAUGGUUGUCAAGCCUCUGCUUAAAGACCUCCAAAGAAGGAGACUCCACCACACUCCUUGGCAGCAAAUUCCACUGUCGAACAGCUCUUACUGUCAGGAAGUUCUUCCUAAUGUUGAGGUGGAAUCUUCUUUCUUGUAGUUGGAUCCAUUGCUCCGUCUCCGCUUCUCUGGAGCAGCAGAAAACAACCUUUCUCCCUCCUCUAUGUGACAUCCUUUUAUAUAUUUGAACAUGGCUAUCAUAUCACCCCUUAAGCUCCUCUUCUCCAGGCUAAACAUGCCCAGCUCCCUUAGCCGUUCCUCAUAAGGCAUCGUUUCCAGGCCUUUGACCAUUUUGGUUGCCCUCCUCUGGACACGUUCCAGUUUGUCAAUGUCCUUCUUGAACUGUGGUGCCCAGAACUGGACACAGUACUCCAGGUGAGGUCUGACCAGAGCAGAAUACAGUGGCACUAUUACUUCCCUUGAUCUAGAUGCUAUACUCCUAUUGAUGCAGCCAGUGCAUUGGCUUUUUAGCUGCCGCGUCACACUGUUGGCUCAUGUCAAGUUUGUGGUCAACCAAGACUCCUAGAUCCUUUUCACAUGUACUGCUCUCAAGCCAGGUGUCACCCAUCUUGUAUUUGUGCCUCUCAUUUUUUUUGCCCAAGUGCAAUACUUUACAUUUCUCCCUGUUAAAAUUCAUCUUGUUUGUUUUUGCCCAGUUCUCUAAUCUGUCAAGGUCGUUUUGAAGUGUGAUCCUGUCCUCUGGGGUGUUAGCCAUCCCUCCCAGUAACCAAUUCCCUCAGUAACCAAAAUUAACUGCAACGGAUUGUGGGGGACGGGAGAGACUGCUAUCUUCCUGUGUCCCUUGUUUUCAGAUUUGAUUUAAAAUAUUGUAUAUACAGCAUUGUAAGGAUUAUGAUGAUCGUUCAUUUUUAUGCAGUGUUUCUGACAAGCGGAAGUUCUUCUUUUGCAUAAAAAUGGGGGGGUUCUCGCCCCCUGCCGCACCUCUGAUCACUGUGUGUCCUGUAUGUGCCAUGGGGGUAGCUGUUUAGAUGGACGGGCUCCUUAGGGCUUCUUUUGUGUGUGGGAAGGCCAGCUCUAGCACUAAAGGUCCACUUCUGGCCCUGCCUCACUGGAACAUUGCUUCUGCCCCUAGAACAAUAUUGGCUUGGUCCUCCAUGGAGUGAUGGAGUACGAUCUCUCCCUGCGGUUUCUGGAGAACGCGCUGCUCAUCAACUCCAAGUACCACGGCGCCAAGUCUCUGAAAGUUGCACUCAGGUGAAACGCCCAAUCCUGUUGUUUGCCCAGUGGGGAGGGAGGGGCUUUCGCAGCUAAAAUACAUGCAUUAUAUUAAGGAAUGCCUCUGCAAAUGUGUGUAUCGUGACCCGCCAGCCACGGAAAUGCAAUUGAUCAAACGUUACAUGAAAGUAUUGAAAAACACUGUUAAGUUGGUGGGGAGGCGUCUGCCAGACCUGCUUCUGCAACCGAAUUCUCACCACGUGCGCGAUCGCUUUUCAACCAUGCGCAGAAACAUCAUUCUGCUGUCUUCCCUUUUUGCAUCCUCUCUGCAGUCACCACUUGGUCGCCCGAGUGUACGAGAGCAAAGCUGAGUUCCGGUCAGCUCUGCAGCACGAGAAGGAAGGCUACACGAUCUACAAAAACCAGGUAAGGGUCUCUUGCUUUGCUUUAAUACAUUGGACGCCUUCUGUUUCCGUUACGUAUGUGCAUUUGUUUAAUAUACAUAUACGUAUUAAUAAAUAUCUGUGUGUGUUUUUGGCUAGCUUGGUGAGCAUCACGAUAAGACCAAAGAAAGCUCAGAGUACUUGAAAUAUCUGACUCAGCAGGCUGUGGCCCUGCAACGCACAAUGAAUGAGAUCUACAAGAAUGGAUCCAGCGCCAACAUUAUGCCCUUGAAAGUGAGUUGCCCUGCGGUAGCUGCCCAGAUUGGCUUUGGCAGUAAGAUGUACCUCUUGUCUGAGGAAUUAAGCAGCAAUGCGUAGCACACCUCAGUGUCCAGGAGUGCUGUUCAGUUUACUCUACUGCACCACUACUCGGGGAUUUUUACUCCCAUCUCGUCACAAGAGCUCAGCCAUGGUGUUUUCCUGUCUCAGAUAGCUUGGAAUUGCUUGUCUUUGCAAUAUCCUUGAGCGAUGGGGGUUAAGCAGUUGAUUGUUGAAGAUCAGCCUGACCACUUCUCGGCUGGACAGGGACCUGAACUUGGGUCUGGGUCAAAGCCACACUGUUUUGUGUGUGUGUGUAAAGCACUGAGGGCUCUAGGCAAGAUAAAAAUGGCAGAUAAAGCCAAGGCUUUAAUUCAUUGUAGUGCAGAUACGAAGCAACUGAAGUCAGCAUAAUGAUCCUUUGGUGACUUGUUCCCUCCCCACUCAACUGAACUGCCAGGAAACAACUCCCUUCUAAGCCUAACCUGACCUAAAGGGUUCCUGUUCUUGGGAAUCGGGCUCAGAAGGGUGGAGAAGUGCAUACAUUUUAUUUACUUGCAUUUAUUUCCUGUCUUUCUUCCAACCUGGAACCCAAGGUGUGGUGUACACCUGGCUCCCAGAUACCAUUCCAGGCAUGUUUUUUAAAAAAUGUUGUUACUAUAGUAACAAACCAAAAAUAAUACACACACACACCCCCAGUGUAAAAGGCCAUAGAUCGUUUAAUUAGCUAAAGACCAAGGAGAAAAGAAAUGCUUUUGCCUAGUGCCAAAAGAUAUGUAAUGGAAGCGCCAGGCGCGCCUCCCUGGAGAGAUCAUUCUACAAAUGAGGAGCCACCGCAGAAAAGUCCUGUUCUUGUGUUGCUGCCCUCCGCAUUUCUCAUGGAGAAGGCACACGAAGAAGGGCCUCAGAUGAAGACAGAAGGGUCCAGGUUGGUUCAUAGGGAGAGAGCCGGUCAUUUGAGGUAUUGCGGUCCUGAGCCAGUGUUCGCAUCCUCAUUGCUGGGAGCCCUUCCCAGUCGUCCAGUCACCAAGUCCUGUUUGUGUCAGAAACCCUGUGUUCUGCUCGCUACCCAAAUCACCACCUCCCUUUAUACUGGGGAAGAGCGUUGGCUGCCUCUAGGAUCCACGGUCCCAUUUAGGCAGCCCGGCAUUUUUGUUUGCUGCUUAGAACUGUGCCAUUGGUUUCUUAGCCCCAUGUGUUGCUUUUAUUUUGUUGGUUAAUAAGCUAAUCUCUUGUUUCGUUUAGUUCACAGCUCCCAGUAUGGCCAGCGUCCUGGAGCAGCUGAACAUAAUCAAUGGGAUUCUCUUCAUUCCACUAAGGUAAGAGACCUCAAACUUUGUGUAUCUGUCUUUCUCUCUACCACUCCAGGAGUGGUGGUAUGAAUGGCAUUGGAUGUCGCCUCCAUUGUUUUUAAUGGGCAGGGGGGCCUUCAGGAGAAUUUUGAGAAUUCAGGAGAAUUUUGAAGCUUAGGUGUAGGUUGGUUCGCGAUUACAGGUCACUUCUUUGGCAACACUUCCUUUGGCCCUCCAGAGGUUGCUGAACUACAACUCCCAUCAGCUCCAGCAAGCAUCGGCCACCGAUUAGUAGAGCUGUAGAUGAGCAGUAGUUGGAGAGCCAAAUAUUCACCCUCACCUAACUUUAAAGUGCAUAGCAAACUCUUCAUCUGCUCUACAGUGACGGAAGUUCCUUCGUUGUGUUAUAAAGUCUCUCCUGCCUUUAUCUGUUCCUCUAGAGCAGGGGAGGGGAAAAUGAUUUCAUCCCAAGGGAUAGAUUCCCUGCCGGACACAUGGCAGGGGUGGGCGGGGCCAGAGCCAAAAAUGGGCAGAGCAACUGAUGCACAUUUUAACAUUGUACGGUAGGCUAGCGUACACACACAACCCUCCAUUCUGAAUCAUUAUCAUAGUACAAGGAUACAUUUCAGCCAGGACAAAAGCACCUGAGGUGCAAGGCUGGUGAGGGGUGUGACCUGGAACAAGGGGAAAUGGCCAAAGGGGAGUCUCUAGAGAGGCGGGGGGGGCUCCUAGCCUGCAGUUCCAUACCCCUGCUCCAGAAAGCAUCAGGGCCAAAUCUGCAUUGCCAAAAUUACCUUUCGAAAAAACUAGGAAUCAUCUUUCGGUAUAAGAUUAUCAAGGAAUGGCUGGACACCAAGGAGUGGAGGUGGGUGAAUUGGGGGAGCCUUUAACAGCCAGGAGAUGAAAGUCAGAGGCAGGAGAAAGGGGGAGAGAGAGAGGUCAGGCUGGUGGAGAGUCAAGGGCAUGGGUAGGCAAACUUAGGCCCGGGGGCCGGAUCCGGCCCAAUUGCCUUCUAAAUCCAGCCCAGAAAUGGUCUGGGAAUCAGAGUGUUUUUACAUGAGUAGACUGUGUGCUUUUAUUUAAAAUGCAUCUCUGGGUUAUUUGUGGGGCAUAGGAAUUCAUUCAUUUUUAUUUUUUGCAAAAUAUAGUCCGGCUGCCCACAAGGUCUGAGGGACAGUGGACCGGCCCCCUGCUGAAAAAGUUUGCUGACCCCUCCUCUGUCUCCCAUGACCCAGGAGAGGAUUGAAGUGGGAGGAGCAGAAGCAGGUUAAUCGCAGGCGGAGUCUUUGCCUGCUUGUACGCAGCUUGGAUAGGAGAGAUGCAUAAACACAGGUCGGGUCUUUCUGUCGCGGCAACAGCUAGGGAGAUGAGCUACCUCUUGUCUACCGUCCCGAGUGCCCUGCUUUGCACGCUAUUCCUCUGAAUUUGCUCUGCCCGGGAUUGCCCAGCCUUUCCCCCUUCUCCUUUCCGCAGCCAAAAAGACUUGGAGAACCUUAAAGCCGAAGUGCAGCGGCGCCAGCAACUUCAGGAGGUCCUCAAGGGCAGCGAAGAGUUGGAGUCGGAAGAAAAACCCACGGAAGAGAGCGAGCCCGAAGCAAGCCCGCCUGCAGCCACGGCUCCCUAGCUUGGGGGUCUGCGUCGGGAGAAGGCUCUGGCUGUUUGAAUCUGUCCCGGGGUGGGGUGUAGGGGGUUGCUCAGCCUCUCCUCGGGGCAGCUUCUCCUCGGCAAUGUGUUUUUGUGUUGUUGUUGUUUUUAUUUUUUAAUUUGCACUGGUACAAUGAAUACACAAUGCAAAGAACUAAAUUUUGAGAAAUGAACCCUACCUGUCAAGGCGGGCACUGGGCACCCGAAACGGGCCGGUGCAACAGCUGCUGGUGCCCGGAGAGUCUAACUGGGGCGGGAGAAUGCAGGGAUGCCGUGGGGAGGGUGGAAAGGGGGCAUGCGUGUGUGCGUGUACGUUUCAAUCCAUUUUUACCGUGUACAUAAGAGAUUUAAUUCCAAGUGAGGUAUAAUAACAUUUCUCAGGUCAUUUUUUCUGUUGACUUUUAAAGGACAUCUAUAACUUUGCAGAAAAGGAACCUUCCCCACCUCCCGGGCCUGGUGGUUCUUCUCCCCACCCCCCACCCCCCCAAAAGUUCUCCUUUUUCUUCCAACUUUUGAGGCUCAGCCCGCUGCUGCACUGUUUAGGUGAUCGUGACACUAUAAAUAUUAUAUAUUAAAUAUAAAUUCAGCCAUAUUUUUUAUCUCAAUGUUUUAUCUUUAAGGCCUGAGCAGAGUUGGUACUGCAGAGGAAACUGUUUUGAGGAGAUGGCAUAGAACUUUUUUUUGGUCUAAAUUUAGGAGACAGCCAUUGGAUUCCUUUUAGGGUUCCUCUUUUUAUUCGUUCCUUGUCUUCCCCCCCCCCCUCAAACUAUUCAGAUUUGUUGGGAAUGUGGGGUGCGGUUUUGUUUUUUCCCCAAGUUUCAUGGCCCAGGAAAAGAGAUGUUGUGUGGUUUUUUGUGUCCACCUAAAUUCCUUGUGCUUUGCUCCCUCUUGAGCACAGCAUAAGAAACAGCAUCCAAAAGGAAGGGGGGUAUUUAAAAAGAAGAAAACCAAGCCAUGGGAUGCUACAGCUGUGACCAUCCAGCUGCCCCCCUAUGCCAAGUUAACUGUAAAAGCUGAAUUGAUGGCUUGGGGGCAGGGAGGGAGUGCUGAGUAACUAGGCUUGGCUCCUCCCAUGUCAAAGCAUCCCUAAAGUCUGGUAUAAAUUCCCCCCUUACCCUUUUCAACUUAUACAAUGGAAAAUCCCUAGUGCCUAUACUUUACCUCUCUCCCCACCCCCUUCUCAAAGAGUUGUGUGAAUGGCAUGGAACAAAAGCGCCUCGGUCGUCUCUCGCAAGUUACGCGCCCCAAAAUCAUACUCGAGGAGCUGAAGACUGCUGCCUCGAAAACAAUUGGUUCAAUUGGUGAGCUGAAUUGAAUCAAUGUUUGGGCUGUUGUUUUUAAAAGGUUUAUCUGUGAAUGUACUAAACAAGAAUCAUGAACCUAAAAUGAAGCUCUUUUCUCUCCCCCUAAUUUCCUUCUCGCAGUGAAAAUAAUAAUAAAUUUGUAUUAAAUACUAUAUAGUACGCAACAAGAUGAUUGGGGGGGGAGGGUCUUGUUCGUGUGGAGGCUUUUUGUCCCAAAGCCUCAUCAGCUUUAGAACACAAGUUUCCCAAGAAGGCAUUCAUUGCUGGCAAUGGAUGCUCUGCCCAAUAUUCUGCUCUCCCCUGAAGGGGGAAAACGGUGAUAUGUUCUUCAGCUACUCUUAAUAGCUCUCACUACUGUACGUCCCUGCUAUUACCGACAGGUUGAAUGUGUUCGUAAGAACAAUAAAGCUGAUUUCCUAGCUCUGCCCUCCCUGCCUAAAGAAACACACACAUCAUGUUGAGUUCAAAAUGCAGAGUCUGGUGGUCACCACCUCCCUCCUCUCCCUUUUGUACUAAAUUGCAUUUUGUCAGCCGCCACCCCUGCUCAAAACCACAAGAGUGAGAGGUCAUGUUUCUACCAUGUGACUCGAAUAUUGUAUUUUGGGGAAGGAUGGGGGGGCGGGACUUGUGUUACAGACUCAGUGCAAGGGGUUGGGCAACUUACGCUCCCUGCGGCCCUAUUAAACCUGCCAAAAACGGCUACCAAAGAAAGGUGGGUGGGAGGGGAGUGUGUGAGUGAGCGACGUCAUCGUAGCGUGGCUGGAAAUUGCUGCUACAGUGGGCAAAAUAAAAUAAAGCGCAACUUUGGCAUGGUUCUGGGGCCCAGAUAGCGAAGGUUGCCUGUUCCUUGACGCGAGUGCAAUUUAGGUACAUAGCAAGAGCCCUGCCCCCUUCCCUGGGGGAGAGAAUGUUCUUUGGUCCAGAUGUGGAGGUGGGGGGCGAGAGAGAAAAAUACAGAAUUUCCUUGGAAGUGUCUGAAUAAAGAACAGAUUUCAAUGCAACUUUUAUUUUAGGUUUUGUGUGCUUUGUUUUGAGUAGUAUCUCCCAGUAAUGGUUCCCCUCAAAUAAAUUUGUGCCAUAAGCAG